GCUGGAGAAAGGGAGGGGGUGAAAAAGGGAGAGAACACGCAGGCGUGUUGUGUUUGGGUGGGGAGGGGACAGAGAUGUUGAGCAGAGCAGCCUAAAGCAUCCUUAUUCACCUACAGUAGUUCCAGCUCUCCUAGGAAGGAAUUAACCUGUUCCUGUCCCAUUGCAGACACCUCCCUGUAAGAGCACACCCCUCCCUUCCUCCAGCCACCCCUUAGCAUCCCAUCCUCAUCCUGCACUGCACACAGGACUAAGUGCCUUGACACCCAGCCUGCAGAGAAGGGUACAUUUUUGUAUUGCUCUUCUCCCUUCUCCUGUCUCCUGGUCCUUCCCCAAGCAUCAUGUCUGCAGGGGGAGAUUUUGGAAACCCACUGAGGAAAUUCAAGCUGGUAUUUCUUGGAGAACAAAGUGGUGAGUGUUGUCACAGUGGGUCAAGGAGAAAGAGAUGGGGGGUUAUACAAAUACUUUUUUUCUCAUUAUUGCAAUGUUUUAGGAAUUAACCAUUUGAGUGACUAAGGCUGGGGUUUAACGGGUUAACCAUUGCUAGUAAAGGCCCUGCUUCACAGGAAUUCUUGAUUGAUUUUCCAGCAUCCUUUCAUUAGACAUGUAGAUACCUAGCCACCCACAAGCCCCAUAAUCAAUAAUCAUUUCUUAAAUAAACCCUAUUAGUGCAUGGAAGGGACACAUACAGGUGAGCUUGUCUGUACACAUAAACCCUCCCAUUGUUCGAAUCAAGAAACACCUUGAUUUUCAUUCUGUUGCGCAGAAUGUCAUGUUAGUCAUCUGGUUUAAUCACUAUAAGAUUUUAAAAUGUCACUUUUGAAUAUGCUAUUUAUUUUUGCUAACAUGCAGUGAUACUUAGAUUCUGUGGCCUGCAAUCUUACUAAAUCUGCUAAUGUGACCAAUACAUAUAUAUAUCUGGAGAGCAGAGCUAUAUGAUUCAUGGAUGCCACCAGUCAGAAGGCUAUGUGGAUGCUACAGAUGUGCUAAAGGCUAGCAGGCCUUUUGCUCAAUGCAGAAUUUUCUGGUAGAUCAAAACUCUGCAGUAAAUCAGCUAUCCCACCCAUAAGAUACAUGUCAAAAGCAUAUGUGUGAUCUUUGUAUGUGCUUUCAUAAAAUAGAAUGUUGCAGUUUGUAUACCAUAAAGUCAUACAAUCUCUGAGCUAGACACACCCUAUAUGACUCCUGGGAUAUAGGCAUGAGAUACACGGGCUGCCUGUGAGCCUCUAAUCAACAGAAAGGAGGUAAUUAGCAGAUGUGUUAGCAGAAGGUGGGAGUAUUUCUUUUAAACAAGAUCAGAUCUCAAAGACUGUCUGUCUGACCAUCUCAAUGCAGAAGGGAGGAUUUAGUGAUAAUCAACUGUAUCAGACAUUAAACGCACAGGUUCACAAUUCCUAACACUGCUUUCUUGAUGUGGAAAAAUCCCAAAUGAGAAUUUCUAUAUUUAUUUCAUAUCAAUAUCCAUGUAAUAAAUAAGUCACAAGCUUUGGAUUUAUUGAGAAAGACACUGUACUCCUCCUGCCUUGUUUUCAGUGAAGCCCUGCAAUACGUAUAUAUAUUUUUAAAUUUUAAUUGUUGCACAUAAAACAUGACCUGUCUGUGUACAUGUUCCUGAAUUCUUAUGUAUAAUUGUUCUAUUCCCUUUGAAAUAUUACAAGUGAGGAAAAAAAAUGUCCUUCCAAUUCAGUCAGAACAAAUCCAUAUUGCAGACUUGCAGAUCAAGGACAGUACAAGUCCUUGUUCCGCCUCGCCCAUCAGGGUUAAAGGCCACAGCUGUGAACUCAUAUCAAUAGACCUUUUGACCUACAAAAAGCCAUUUAUUACCACAGCCUUCCAUCUGUAGCUGUGGAGGAAUGAGAGAUAAAGGACUAUGGUUAUUAGAUGGAGUAGCCUAGUAAUAUUGAGUAACAUUCUCCGAGACCUAUCCGCCCAUGAUGGGAAUGGUUGUCUAUUCCACUGGGUAAAAUGGUAACUAUCUAAAGUGCAAGACAAUCACAUUUGUGCACAGCUGUGCCAUUUUGUCUACUUUACUGUCAGACACAGUGAGAUGAAGCAGGAAGAAAAAACCAAGAAAGCAUUUUGUCAAUAUUUCCCAAAACGACUGGCAGCCCCUUCGAACGGACCUGAGAAACUGAUUCAGAAAUAUGUAUUUCAGCCAGCCAGCCGAACCUAAAAAUAUAUGUUCUUUCAUUUAUAUAUAGACAGGCGUGGCCUCUAACUGAGGCCCAAUAAUAUUUCACAGAGGGAAAGGAUAAGUAGAAGCAAAUGAUGGUAGGCCAAUUAGCAUGGACAGUGGUCCCCAACCCACUCCUUAUGGACCACCAAGAGUCCAGAUUUUGUCAGUAUAUCAAUUUGAAUAAAAAAAGGAAAUACACUAAUCCUGAGCAGUUAAUGGUCUAUGAGGAAUGGGUUGAUGACCACUGAGCGUGGACUUAAACAAAUGAUUUUUCACAUCAAAACCACUUCACUUGAUAUGAUUCUGUCAUAACGCAGACAUCUGACUGUCUUAGAAAGCCUACUGAAUGAUCCACUAUGGAUGUGAGAUGCCUUAUUCUCUUACCUACUGAAAAGGUCUAUUACAAGGUUAUGGUAACUCACAGUGUGGGAACUCCGAUCCCUUACUAUAUUUGCAGGAGGGAUUGAGUUCACACAAUUUGUACUGGAAAGGGACAAGCUCUGCCACACAACAAGAACGUUCAUACAGGGCGCUGGGUGUUUUAAUAUUGCACAGAAGCAAAUGAAGAUGUGCUCUACUGUCAUGUAUUUUUAUACAAGUUUUUUUGUCAAUCUUUAUUUUUGCAGUGUGUGAGUAACAUAAACAAGCUUGUAUCGCCACAACAGCAUGUACAAGCUAAAACAGUAAUACAGUGAAUACAGUAUUGUGGCAUGCAAGAAUGGCACCAUUUUUUUGUUAAUAAAUGCAGGUUAGGUACUUAUGUUUUAAGUUAUUGUCUGUACUAGUUAGGUAAAAACGAGGUGAAAAUAACACAUAUCAGUUGAUAAUAAAGGAUUACUACCAUGAAAAGCGAUUCUUAGAGCUAGCAUACUUUUAGAUUAAAUUAUUUCAGGCUAAACAAGCUAGGCAAGUUAAGAAAUAGACCAUUGGACUGAAAAAAGAGAAAAAUCCAUACUUUUCUAGUAAAACAAAAGCAGAAUAUACAUUUAAGGCAUUGCUGGUAACGUUCAGGAGGCAACAUGUUUCUGCGUGUUUAGAACUGCCUGUGAGUAAGUCCUGGUGUGCACACUGUGGUACUGUCCAGGAGUGUGUUUAUGCGUUCAUCCUAUUCCCACGAUCGCGAAGCUGCCAGCAGGUUGGUUUAAGGGCCGCAGGCUUAGGUUUAGGCUGCCAGAAGUUUUCGAGGAGGUUGUCCAGGCGCUGCUCGAGUGUCUGCAGUCGGUUCAGUGUGUCUGCAGCUGGUGCAGUAGCCGCCAUUUUGAAGCAGAUUGCACCCCUCUAUGUCUUUGCUUUAAGACGAUGUGCUUGUCAGGGAUGAAACUUGGCUGUGGUGAUGGUGUCAGGAUAACCCCCACCGGCAGGGGGGGGAGCGGGGACCCGUAUAACGUCAGCUUGUUCCGGUCGGAGAGGCAGUAGGGAGAUCGUCCGCUUCUCCCAGGCUCUCACCUCGAGGUAGACCUCAGUGGCGGUGUGGGCUCAAUCUGCUUGUCGGACGCCUGGAAACCCUUGUGCUGUAGCAGAGUAGCUUGCAGGUAGGUAUCAGCGCAAAUUUAGCCAUUUGUUUGCUUUCAAAAUACUGUUUUUAGGCGAUAAUUGUCAACUUUUGUACAGAGCCCACACUGCAUGCAGCCUUUCAGUUUGGCAGCCAGGCCCCGCCCCCCUUUUAUACAAGUUUUAAAUCCUGAGUUCUGUUAUAUAACCCCCUGCUUCUCCUUUCAAAUGAGAUAGACACCUUUUGACAUCACCAAGAUGAGAUGCUUAAUACCUAGAGCCGCUAUCCAGCUAUGAAUCUCUUUUAACUUUUUUUCCCCUUUUUUUAUAAUUGGUUGGUAGGUUGAAUCCCUGGUGAUAAAGAGACAACCUACAAUAUGCGUAUGGAAGAGAUUAGAAAAGGGACACUAUAGGAACCAAAACAACUUUAGCUUAAUGAAGCAGUUUUGGUGAAUAGAUCAAGGCCCUGUAGACUCACUGCUCAAUUCUCUGCAAUAUAGAAGUUAAAUCCCUUUGUUUAUGCAGCCCUGUGUUGCACAGCUUAAUCUAGAUUUUUUUUAAAAAUAUCCUGCUCUGGUAAUAGCCUCCUAGGCCAGGCAGGGGCCACCUCUGUGUGGUUAACGUUCAAUUUACAGAGCAAGAGAAAAAAAACUCUUAUGCAUGUUAAAGCGGCACAAUUUGCAUAGUCCCCUGAUGGUGACAUCACUACUGGGGGAUCUCCCAGUGGUGGGGGGAGAGGCAGAUGUGCGUUAUACUUAUCCUACUCUGUAACUCACAUGUACCACCAUCAUCUUCCGGCAGGUCCUCUUCAAUGUCAGGAGCCGACAUCACUGGCAUGGUGAAGAGCAUAGCACAUACCAUUGAGAUCUAUGGAGGAUCCAACACAGGAGGGAGUGGGGGGGAUGGCAGUGCCACUUUAAGGUCUGAUUAAAAUGUUUUUUUGUGCAAGUCACAUGCAGAGAGGUGUGACUAAGGCUGUAUAAAGAAAGUGAGUCUAAACAGGAACCGAUAAGGGAAAUAAUGCCAGGUUGCUUUAAAGGAAGACGGGGGUAACCCCUAAUGGUAAUAAUUAAACUCAAUGGGGAGCCUAAAGGCUGGCAAUGGAAGAGGAUAAGAUCAGUGUGCAGAUACCUCUAUCUAUGGGAAGCAAGCCAUAAAUAAUAAAACUUAACUUUUAAUAAAUUAUAAAAUAUAAAACCAUACAUAUGUCAUGCUAGUCAGCACUACAGCUGUCUAAUUCAGCCACAUAAUUGAUACAAAAUUGGAUAUAACAGAAUAACAAUGCACUAUCCACCUGUAGGUAGUAUCAAUAUAUCUCUACCUUAUAGUAAAAAAGAAACAUUAUCCAAAAGGGAGGAGGGGGUGAUAUAUAAACAGAGUUUCAAUGAUGAGGCAAAGAGCAAAACCUGAUAGAGGGUAGAAAAGUAAAAAGCCCAACUCUAUCCUGUCUGUGUCUUCAAGUGCACCCCUUAAAAUAUUGCUAACCCACCCUCCAGCUAAUCCAUAGUAGUCAGUAAUAGUUUAAAAUAAAAUAAAUAAUAGAAAAAGUAUUGUGUAGUGAUAAAGUCUUUAAAAUACUAUCAUAUCCGGCUGCAGUAUUGUCCCAAAUUAGUGGAUCACUAACACACAAACAAUGUCCCGACAUACGUUUCACCACUAAAUGACUUUUCCAUUGUUAGUGGCGAAACAUAUAAGGAAAGUUAUAUAACUCCUAAAUGGUAGAGAAUUAAGCUGCGGUAAAUGGUAGAGAAUUAAGCUGCGGUAAAUGGUAGAGAAUGAAGUUGUUUUGAUGUCUAUAGUAUCCCUUGAAUACAGUAUUUACAGGGAGUUAUGGUUUAACCUAUACUUUAACCUUUGUGUUGUGCAUGUGCUGGUGGAUACCAGCUGGCAGGCUGUACAUAUCAUCUCCGCAUGGGUGUGAGUUCACUGUGGUAGUCUUUUAUGGGAGGUCAGGCUACCUAGCCACCAGUAAAGUUGUGAAGUAUGUGUUAGAACUAUGGUCAGGAACUAGACACAAGAGCCAUGGUGAGCCAUUGUGAAUAAUUUCAGUGAAGUAAUUUAGGUAAAAUAAUUUAGAAUAUUCCUUGAUUUGAAUGUGGCUUUGGAGGAUAGAGAGGUCAAUUUGGUGUUGGAGAAAAAUGAGAAAUUGGGGUUGAGGAAACAGGUUUCAGGGCAAAUACACUUGUUGAUGGAGUCAAAACCAAAAAUAUUAAGUGAAAACCAAUGUGUGAUUGAUACUGUGGUCUGUUUCUAAUCUUUAAGAAACAUUAUAACAAUGUAAUUUUUUAUAUUAUUCCAAUGUGUUCCUUAAUCUGUCUAUUUUUAUGGCCCCCAUUACAAGAAAGAAAACACUUAUAAACUAUUAAAAUAACACACUUACUUUUAUCCCAGUGCUGAGACAGACUCUUCACUGCAACUGAUGACUUUUGUCAAAUCAAAUGCUGCUCACUGAGGACUUAAAGUUAAUUCACUGCAAUUGUUGUGAUCUGCCAAUCCAGUUCUUCUGUAUUCAGGGCUGCCAUCAGCAAUUUUGGGGCUCCUGACACAGCUCAAGGUUUGGGCCUCUGGGGCCCACCCCCAAGUCUGCUCACCGGGCUUCCCCUGAAUCAGCCCACAGUCCCCGCCACCAAGUCUGCCCAACAAGGAUGCAGUGUGUUUGUGCAGUGGAUGUGUUUGUGUAGUGGAUGUAGUAUGUGUGUGUAGAGUACAAGUCCCAGAAUGCUUUGCCGACUAGGUAUCUAUAAGAUGCCCAUUUUUGCAGGAUUGUAUUUAGCACUGAGCAGUGUUUAUGUGUUUGAAUGUAAGCAUGUUUUUGUAUGGAGUAUGUGUGUGUGAAUGUUGGUUGUUAGCUGGGAGGAAGUGACUGACGCUCACCCGAUGGGUCCCCUCAAUUUGUAAACCCUGGUGCAGCCACACCAGCUGGACCAGCAGAAUUUCCACUGUGGUGCAGGGCCCAUAAAUAUAGCAAUAAUUGCCAUGUAUAUGUGUGCAUAUUUGGGAUGGGGGGCAUAGAUGUCUGGUCCCACCAGGACUGCCACGCCCAUGACAUCAUGUUUGUCACCCACUAACGGCGGCCCUGUCUGUAUGUGAAGCACUGAAUCCAGCGUUUUUCAUAGAGAAGCACUGGGCACACAAAAUGUCAAUCAUCAUCAUAUCUUGAAUGCUAACAUCAGAUGUAAAAUAGAUUCAGUUAUUAAAUUAUAUUAGUCAGAAUGGCCGACUGAUUGAUCUGUGCACCAAAAUCACUUCAUACCUUCUAAUAUUGGGAGGUAUGGAAUUGGGAUGGGUGAGUGGAACUUAAGGGGUCAUGGCCAAUGGCACAAAUUGCUUCACUGGCAAUGGCCGUAAUGUGCGGAUCCUCACCCACUGAAGGGGCUUGCCAGUCUGGUACAGGCACAGGCAGAGAGUGAUGGGAAUUGUUCCCUGCACAAUUCUAGUGCCUGCUAUACAGCGUGAGGUUGUCUAAUGAUAUGCUCACGUUGUACUGCCUGAGGGCAUGUGAGGCAGGACCCUAAAAUAGGGACCGUCCCCCAAAAUUUAAUAAUAUGACAUUUGGAUGGUCUGCACUUGAACGGACACUAGAGUCACCAAAACAACUAUAACUUAACAGAGCAGUUUUAGUGUAUUGGUCACACCCCUGCAAACUGUGGAAAAAAGGUGAGUUUAACCCUUUUUCAAAGGGGUCUGGCCACCUAAACAGCGGUUUCACAGCUAUAGUGCCAGGAACACGUGCUUGUAUUCCUGACACUAUAUUGUUCCUUUAAGCAUUAGGAUGCACACACCUCCCACUCAAACCAGUUAUAUAUGCAGCACACACAAGUCACUCCAUUGGCACCUUCUCCACAUACCUUACUCAUUCCCCUGGCAUAGGAAAUGGGAGACAAGGUUCUGGCUGGUUAUGACUUGUAGGUGAUGAUGACACUUUUCAUAUUUAUUUAAUAAUUCAUUAUUUUUAUUCUAAUUACGUGUCCAUUUGGCUGUUUAUUCAUUCAGAGAGUCUUUCCGUUUCUAGAAUUUGUGAGCCAUUCAUUCUCUUAAUAUUUCAAUUCGAUGUUUUGUUUUGUUGUUCUCUAAAUGAUUUUGAACUAAUUUUCAGAAGUAUAUACUUCUCAUAAGUAAUUAGGUGUAUGUAUAUAUACACACACUUCUGAAGUGCUACUUCUGAAUUGAGAUUAGUUGAACCUGGAAGAAUCUGAGGUCUCUUUGAUCACAUAUAUUAUUUUUUUCUGGAGAUUUCUAUAUACACUUAUCCUACAAAAUGAGUUUACAGUGUCCGUGGAGCAUGACGGACAUGCCCCAGUGUUAUUUUAUAUUCCCGAUAAAAUUGACUAAGAAGCACUUGAGUUAGGCCUAGCAGGUGGCAUUUUCGCGCGGUGGCCUUUUUUUGUUGUUGCUAAUAUUUAUUUGUGUUAAUAGUCCCUCCUCCUCCUGUUCCAAAUUGUAGUCAUUUGCUAAUAACAGGCCAAUAGGGAGGGUACUAAGUACAGUUUGGGGAUCUCUUACUGCCCCUGGUUUGGCUUUCAGGUUGUUUAUCUUGAUGAACUAAAGCUGUGUGUAUAGGGAUAAUCUGCUACCCAAUAUACCCAUGGAGCAGGUAUGGAGUGUUGGUGUCACACAGUUGGAGCUGCUGCUCCAUCAAUUCAAGUAAGCAUCUCCUGCUGAUGCUUUCUUGAAAGGUAAGUUUGCAUUGUAUUAUUGUACGUAUUCGCACAUCUACUCUGCAGUGUGAUAUGUUUGUGUAUAUGUGUGUGAUUGCAUGUGUAAUGUAUGUAUAUAGACAUAGUCAGUCCUUUAAACACACUAUAUUUGCAUAUUGCACACGCUACACAGCAACAAAUACUCAGAUACGCACGAACACAAAUUACAUGUGCAGACACAUACCCAGCCACACAGAUUACAUGUGCACCGACAUUCGGUCUUCAUUCUUUGUAAUUGCCAUUAGUUCAUUUGUUUUUAUGAUGAAUGAAAGACUAGCUGAAGCUCCAGACUGAAUUACGGACAAUAGCAUGCGCGGGAAUUUCAUAGCAUGAGCUAGUGUGGGCAAAUGAUGUUUCCUGUAGGUCCUUCAUCUGGCAACACUAAGAUAGCGGGCCUUGGGGCUAGAACCUAGAUCCGAAGAAGAAAUAAAGGGAUAAAAAAGGUGAAAUCGAGACUUAUGUUAAGCUUGUUUAUAUGUUUACAAACAAUGUGCAACUUCUCAAGCCACUGUCUGUCCUAUAUGUAUAUAUGUAUUUGUGUACGCUCUUGUGGCAUUUGAUGCUAACGUGUACCUCCCUGCACAAUAAAAAAAAAAAAAAAAAUUUUUUUUAAAAAGGUGAAAUUGGGGACCUAGAGGCAUUUGGGGUUGACUUGGGGGACAAUAAAAUAUAGUGGAGUCAGAAGGGGGGUUAAAAGUUAACAGAUGCGGCUAUGAACGUGCCGCUUUAAUAAUUAGUGUCCAUCCAGCACUAAAUGCAUCAUCUUUACAUGUACAAACCUGUUCUGAAGUUUUUUUUGUUUUUAAAACUUUAAAAAAUGUGUAUUUUAUUUGUUGAAUGCAUUUUUUGAUAUAGAGUUUCUCCUUAUAGAGACUUUUUAAGGGUUUACUGGUUUCCUAUUUCAAAGAGCAUACAAUGAAACAUAGAAACAUAGAAUGUGACGGCAGAUAAGAACCAUUCGGCCCAUCUAGUCUGCCCAAUGAAGAUUGUGAAUGCAUCGGGUGGCAAUGUUACAUUAGACAUGAUUAGAUUUUUUUUUCUUUUUCUUUUUUCUCCUAUGGGUAACCAAAUGGUAUACCACUAACUGUAGCUGGACUGCAGCAACUUAAAGAGAUAACAUGGGGGAAUUACCCCCUUUUAAAACUAUAUAGCAAAAUUGGUCACAGGAACUGCACUCACUCCCAGCGGCCACAGGUGCUCCGGAACAGGACCAGCAAUCCCAACAUGUAAAGGCAGCAAAAAUAGAUUCCCAGGCAAUCAAAAUUUGAAAGCCACAGGCAAAUUUGUCCCCUUUUUAAACUAGGCAUUAUGCCCAGCAAGGGUUUGUAUGAUAAGUACUUCAUCCCCCAUGAGCACUUCCACUCAUCAUAUAGGAUGAUUGUAGAUGAUCUGUAAAUUGACAGGAGCCGUACCACCGUUGUUAUCAGUUUUGCAUAGCUCAGUUCACCAUUCAUUUAUACUAAUUGGAAGAUGUGUGGCCUCUGCAUGUACCCUAUGGGGAUUGGCUCUCUCCCAAGAAGAGAGACAACUCAGUCCAAGCUGUGUAGAGACUAGUUUUUUUUUAAUGUAUAGAGCGAUUUCUGGCAAUCUUUUGCAAUGAGCGCCACUAAAAGGGACAAUUCACUUCCCAAAUAACAUCACUAUUUUCAAUGAAAAUAUGCAUGAAUUAAAUUAUGCAUUUUUGCAUUGAGUGUAUCUCCAAACACAGCUUGCAAAAACUGCAGAUAUCUCUCUUUGAAGUCCUCCUCUCCUUCCCCAGCCCACUCGUUUUCUUGCUGUCCAAUCAUAGAUUUCCAAAUGCAGCUAAUUGAGAAGUCUUUACAUGGCAUGUGCUCUGGGCAUUGCCAGCCUUUUGAGUUUAGAUCCACUGAGCUAAACUACCAGGAAUUAAUAGGACCAGUUGUCUGAUUGACAGUCAGGGGGUGUAACAAGGUUAAUUUAUAAAAGUGCAAUUUUCUAUUGUAAUCUGCACUUUUUGUAACAUGAAAAAAGGGGACACAUUCUUCACCCAUAAAUCACUCCAGGAAGCUAAAGUUGUUUAGGUGUUUGGAGGAUCCCUUUAACUGAAAUGAUUUUUCAGUGUCCAAGCAUAUUGAUCACUUUACCUUUAUCUGCUCUGGUGGUCCUCUCACAAGAUCUGGAUCAGACUUCAGGAAACAGAAUAGUUUACAAACUUAUGUUUUACAUACAACACUUUUAGUUUCUUCUGUUUUUUUUUUUAUUCUUGUCAUGGAUGACUGCUCACUUCCUUGAACUCAACAUGUCCAAAACAGAACUUCUGGUCUUUACUCCCUCAAGUGUUACUACUCCCAUGUCUGUCUACCUCCAAGUCAACGGCGUUACCAUCACCUCUACCUCGCAGACUCACUGCCUGGGUGUUCUUUUUAACUCCAACCUCUCCUUCACCCUUCAUGUCCAAUCAAUCACCAAAUCCUGUCGCUUCCAUCUCAAAAACAUAGCGCGCAUCCGCCCCUAUUAAACCCAGGCUAAGGUGCUGGUCCAUACGGCUAAGGUGCUGGUCCAUGCUCUUGUUCUCUCUCGCCUGGACUACUUCAAUACUCUUCUCAGUGGUCUUACGUGUUCCCAGAUUGCACCGUUGCAAUCUAUAAUGAAUGCAGUGGCAAGGUUCAUUUUCCUGUCCGCUCGCACCUCCCAUGCCUCCCCGCUCUGUCAGUCCCUGCAUUGGCUUCCAGUUAGAUAUAGGGCUCAAUUUAAAAUUCUGGUGCUUGCUUAGAAGUCCCUACAUAAUGCUGCUCCAAUCUACAAAUCCUCCCUAAUACACAAGUAUGUCCCGUCAAGGCCCCUACGCUCUACCAAAGACCUACGUAUAUCCUCUGUCCGUACUCCCACCUCUAAUGCUCGCCUCCAAGACUUUUCCAGUGCUACACCUCAUCUGUGGAACUCCCUUCCCUUCUCCGUAAGAAUUUCACCCAGUCUCCACUCUCCACUCAUUCAAAAAAUCAUUGAAAACUCACUUCUUCAAGAAAGCAUAUCAAUUAAACUGUUAGCAGGUUUUUAUCCCCCACCCCCCAUGACUCCUCUCCUGCAACUGUCAAAAAUUACCUACUAAGCCCUCAGUGAAUACUUUUCUAACAACCUACUUCGUACCCCUACUUUUAGCCUUUGCGUCACUAUACCCCACUCCCUCUAGAAUGUAAGCUCAUUGAACAGGGCCCUCCACCUCUCUGUUCCUGUACCUCCAGUUGUCUGGUUUCAAUUACAUGUCUGUUAGUCCCCCCAUUGUACAGCGCUACAGAAUAUGAUGGUGCUAUAUAAAUAAAAUAAUAAUAAUAAUAAUAAUAAUAAUAAUUACAUAUCCCCAAAUAUUUAGACGCUUCACCUACCUCCUGUGUUACCCAGUUUUUACCGGACAAGAGAGACUCCGUACUUGGUGUUUUAGCUGCCAUUGAACUGUAAUUAUCUUACACAAGUUAUUAUAAUUGUGUGUUAUUGAUUAUAAGAAGUUACAUAGAACAUUCUUCAUUAUUGCAAGCAAAAAUGCAACUCUAAAAUGUUACUAAAAGGAAUAACUGCAUUCACUUUAAAAUAUCAUUGCACAUAUUACCUCAACCUGAAUAUAGUGAAUUCAAUAACAGCGAACUGUUGAUUUUUCUAAAUUCAGGUUCAGGUAAUAUGUGCAAUGGCAUUUUGCAGCCAAUACAGUUUUUCUUUUUAUUAAAGGACCACUCUAGGCACCCAGACCACUUCAGAUUAAUGAAGUGGUCUGGGUGCCAGGCCCAGCUAGGGUUAACCCAUUUUUUUAUAAACAUAGCAGUUUCAGAGAAACUGCUAUGUUUUUUUAAAUAGGUUAAUCCAGCCUCUAAAUCACAGUGAGAAGACACAAGCGUCCAUAGGAAAGCAUUAUGAAUGCUUUCCUAUGAGACUGGCUGAAUGCGCGCGCAGCUCCUGCCGUGCAUGCGCACUCAGCCGAAGAGGAGAGGAGGCGGAGAGGAGGAGGAGAGCUCCCCGCCCGGGGCUGGAGAAAGGUAAGAUUUUAACUCCUUCCUCUCCCCAGAGCCCGGCGGGAGCGGGUCCCUGAGGGUGGGGGCACCCUCAGGGCACUUAGUGCCAGGAAAACGAGUAUGUUUUCCUGGCACUAUAGUGGUCCUUUAAUAUUUUAUAGUUGCACUUCUGCUUGAAAGAAACAGUGUUAAAAGUGUUACUCCAGCUACCAUGACCACUUCAGUGAUUUGUAGUGGUCAUGGUGGUAGGAGUCUGUAUGUGCAGUAUCUGCUUGAAACACUGCACAUGUUGAGAGCUUUUUAAGUGUGCCCUAGGGGCACCACCAGCACACGUGACUUUGAACUCUGCGUGCAGUCUGAGCUAGCAAUAUUGUCUGUGAUUGGACCGCGUGACUACCCCUGUGACAUCAGUAGGGAUUGUAGAAGUCAGUGCUGGGAGCUUCGCCAUGGCCCUGGAUUCCAGGUAAGUAAAUAUCUUAUUUUCCAGGUUUUACUAAAAACUGAGAGGGGGAGUUUUUAUACCUGGUAUAUUACACAGAAAAGUCCCCACCUACCCCUCCCUCCGCCAAAGGAUUGAAGUAACUCUUUAAUUUUGACAACAAGUUUUGAUUUAAUUUUAUCCAUCGUCUUUUGACUUAAAUGUCAUCCAUUUUCAUUAUAGCUUUCACCAUAAUCACUUAGUUAUACUGUAGUAUAGUUUUUGUCACCGAAAACACAGAUUUAAUUGAUGUAUAUAAGUUUUCAUCAAUAAAAUUAACACUGCUGUAAAUUCAAUAAAUGUGUUUAGAAAUCCAGUUUGUAUAAAAAAAAAGAUACAUUGUACUUAUUCCAAAAUACAUUAUAUUUGGAAAAAAUUGUUAUUAGUAAAUCACCUAAAAUCCCCCCCUCCCACUCAAAGCCCUAUAAUUAAAGUGUCCAUUUUUGUCCCAAAUGUUGGGAGGCAUGCCCACAGAAGGGCAAACUUCAAGCACCUCUAUUGGAGGAGAUCAGAAUGGUGGUCCCCAGAUUCUGAAAUCAGGCACAAACAAGAUGAAAUAGCAUGUACAGUCAUUAAAAAAAAAAAAAGUACACCCUCUUUGAAUUCUAUGGUUUUACAUAUCAGGACAUAAUAACAAUCCUCUGUACCUUAGCAGCACUUAAAAUUAGGUGAAUACAACCUCACAUGAACACAUGAACAACCUCACAUAUUACAUCGUGUCAUGAUUUAUUUACUAAAAUUAAACCAAAAUGGAGAAUGUGUAAAAAAGUAAGUACACUUUAUGAUUCAGUAGCUUGCAGAAUCACCUUUAGCAUCAAUAACGUUGAAGUAAUAAUUUUCUAAUAAUGAUUGGAUCAGCCUUGUGUAGGAAUUUUGUCCCACUCUUCUUUACACCAUUGCUUCAGUUCAUUGAGGUUUUCUGGAAUUUGUUUAUGCACAGCUCUCUUAAAGUCCGGCCACAGAAUUCCAGUCAGGUUGAUGUCUGACUUUGACUGGGCCAUUGUAACACCUUUAUUAUUUUCUUUUUCUGCCAUUAUGUGUGGAUUGCUGUUGUGCUUGGGAUCAUCGCCCUGUUGCAUGACCUACUUUUGGCCAAGCGUUAGCUGUUGGAAAGACGGCCUCACUUUUGACACUAGAAUACUUUGGUAUACAGAGCAGUUCAUGGUCGACUCAAUGACUGCAAGGUUCCCAGGUCCUGUGACUGCAAAACAAGCUCAAAUCAUCACCCCUUGACACAGUGAUGUAUCCUGGGUUUGUGCUGCCCUAGGCAUGACAAAACUCAUUAAGGUCUGUAGAGUCCAAGAUGUAACUCUUGGGUUUUUUGCAAUUUAUCUGAGCACUGCACGGUCUGACUUUGGGGUGAAUUUGCUGGGAUGUCCACUUCUGGGAAGAUUGGCAACAGUCUUAAAUGUUUUCCACUUUUGAAUAAUCUUUCUAACAGUAGAAUGAUGGACUUUAAAUUGUUUGGGAAUGUCCUUAUAACCCUUUCCAGUUUGAUGGGCAGCGACAAUUGCUUCGCUAAGAUCAUUGCUUAUGUCUUUCCUCCUUGGCAUUGUGUUGACACACAUCUGAAUGCCCCAGACCAGCAAACUGCUAAAACUUCGGCUAAAAAGGUGGUGAUACUUGCUGAUGAUUACAUCAAGGGCAUUUGAUCAACAGCACCUGUCUUCUACUUAACCUCUUAAUUACAAUGGAAGUAGCAAGGUUGUACUUUUUCACACAUGGCUUUUGCAUUGUGGCUUUAUUUUUGUUACAUAAAUCAUGACACUGGCUAGUAUAUCUUGUGUUCAUCUGAGGUUGUAUUUACCCAAUUUAAGACCUGCUAAGGAACAGAUGAUUGUUUUAUGUCCUGAUAUGUGAAACCACAGAAUUCAAAGAGGGUGUAUUAACUUUUUUCCAUGACUGUAUAAAAUCAGGUGGCAAGGGGCAGAGCUUAAUUAUUAAGAUGCAACAGGCAUGGGAUGGUUGACAAUGAAGCCCUCACAUAACAUACUGUGGAUUAAUAGCAGGAGGUGCGUUGUGAUGUCAGUUGACAGAGUACAGCAGGAGUGUGGCAGUAGACAGGGAUAGAAAAAAAAGACAAAAAAAUUAUAUUUGGGGUAUUUAUUGGUGGACAGCAGUAUUUUUGAUAACCAAGCUGCUAAACUAUAAUGAGUAGGUGUGUUGUCCCUGGAGGUGACUGCUGGGUGACAUGAGACAGUGCUCAUAACAUGCAUAGCACACAAUGAUUGUCAUUGGUGAUAUUGGAGCUGUGGAAACAGGGUCUGCAUCUCUGAGGUUGAACAGAGUCUGCAUCUCUAAUGCAUUAUUGAGAAAAUGCAUUAAAAUAUAAUUUCAUCUCUGAAUGAUUCCUUUUUUAAUUCAACAGACUCCGAUCCUCUUUCAGAGAUAUCCUUUUCAAUCAGGAAACAGCUCAGAUGGGAAUAUGGAAUUUUUUUUUUUCAUUGAAUAACCAAUUUUCUCUGUUAUCAGAAAUCUGUGAAGAUCUGAAUAUUACUACUAGCUUGUCAUCCUCUUUAGGUAAGGGCUGUAGAGCUAAGGCACAUGUUUUUUUUUGCAGAGGAUGAGUUUAGUAUAUUGAGAAAAUUGUUUGUGCAUGAGGCUCCUUCAGCUUUAUCCUUGGUUUGGAUGAGAAAUUAUUAAUUUUCCAUCCCAGGGCUUGAGGCUUACUGCCUGCACGCUUAAAAUCCAACAUAGUGGAACUUUCCUAUUAACUACUUAGUCUAUAGCAGUCCUCAUAGCCAUCCCUACCCUGCUGUUCCAACUUUGCUCCUGUUGUGUCGCCUUUGCAAUAUGCUCAGGGCACUAUGACCCUGCAGACAGAGCUGAAACAAUGCUCUCUGCAUGGCCCACUCGGUUGACAUGCAGCCUGGCACCCUUUGGGCAGCACCAGUAAUGUGUCACUGGCCCACCCUCUUAAACCCCAACUACCAACUGGCUUUGUGGGGCAGUUUGUAAUAGGGUAUCUGCUCAUGAAUUUGCACAUUAUAUUUUUACAGUCAGGAUUAUUGGUGAAACCUUACGUUGGCAAGAGCUGGCUAGAGAAAUGUAUGCUUUAGGCCAAAAACAUCUUAAAUAGUAACAUUUCUAGCUGAUGAUUUUUUUAGAGCUUGACUUUUUAUUCUAAGGUUUUCAAUUCCUCACAAUUUCUGCUUUAUUGAUUAACCAUAUCUAAGCCCCUCUUUCCUUCCCUACAUAUUAAUACAUACACCAGUACUACAAUACUCGGAUACAUACAAUACUACAAUACUUAAGUACACCAUUCUUCGCUUAUGUGACUAUCUCCCCACCCCCCAUGCAAUACCUACUAUCUCUUUUAUUGGCCACAUGUUUGUUAAGGUGGGCUAUUGACAUGUUAGAUCCCCCAGCUAAUAAUUGUUAAUAUUGGUUAUUCUAUACUACAUCUAACUCAAACUGGAUCUAACAAAGAUCUAAUGAUCCGCAUAUAUUUUGUUAAAAAUUUUGAUUGGAGGGCUAAACCAGCUGUGGUCUUCAAGCUCAGUCCCCUUUAGCAGUCAUCCUUUUGGUCAAUAUUUCCACCAUCAAACACCAAACUUACCCUACAAGCAUGCUGCCUGCGCCAUUGCUAACACUUACUCACAUUUUCACUUUCCGUCCACACUCCUCCCCCGCCAACGUCAGCUGGUGGGGGAGACCUAAUGUGCAUGCGCAGCAAUGGCCGCACGCCCAUUAGACCUCCCCAUAAGAAAGCAUUAUUCAAUGCUUUACUAUGGGGAAAAUCUGACGCUGGAGGUCCCUGAGGACCAAAAGUCCAUUUGGAUUCCGGAAGCCCUCUAGUGGCUGCCUGUUAGACAGCCACAGAGGGCAGACUUAGAGCUGUAAUGUUAACAUUCUCUGGAACUGUAAUGUUUAACAUUGCAGCACUAAGUGCAAAAGGGUCACAGCACCCAGACCACUUCAAUUAGCUGAAGUGGUCUGGGUGCCUACAGUGUCCCUUUAAUCUCUAAUUCCACAAUUUACAAAAGAUUACUCGCUGUGCCUCUUUCAAAGGUUAAACCAAAACUUUUGUUCACACAUUCAUUGCUUUGUGGAUUUUCUUCUGCAAACCUAUAUUCCACUAUCUUACCACCAUGUCAUCAGGACCGUCCAUCUCUGUUAAUUCCAUCAACAAUAUCUUCCUUACCUGUCACUCUCAUAACAUUUCACACUUUUUCAUCCCUUAAAGUGACUUUGGAUUCUGUGUGAAAAUAUUUUACAUCUCUGAAUAAAAGUAACCUAAACCAUGUCUCCCAACAAUUCUAAUGAUGAAAGAAAGACUAUAUCAGUUCAUAUGGUAUGGCCAAGGUUAGGGCUAUUCUGGGAAAACUUAGGAGACUUAAUGCCCUACUGGUAGCCAUUAAUAUACCACAAAAUAUAUGUUUGAACAGACCCUGGAACUGUCGUGGGUAAUAUCAUCUAGAAUUUGGGCUCCUGUCCCACCAUCGCAGGUUAUAUGGGGGGAAACUGAUGUCAAUGCGCAUAGCGCGAGUGAAUCAUUAGAUGCGCUUGUGGUCUGUUGAUUAAACUCAAAUCUUAUAAACUCCUCAAUAUUCUGCUCCUUUAGAAAAAUAUAAUAUGCCCAUUCAAUAUGAGUUCAUUGAGUUUUAACCUUUAUGUAAUUAUACCUCACUUCCCUUAGACUGCAAGCUUAGUUUGCAGGGUACUCACAUCCUUAUCUCUCUGUACACUUAAAGGACAACUAUAGGCACCCCGACCACUUCAGCUUAAUGAGGUGGUCUGGGUGGAUGGUCCAGCUAGGUUUAACCCUUUUUUCUAUAAACAUAGCAGUUUCAUAGAAACUGCUAUGUUUAUAAAUGGGUUAAUACAGCCUCUAGUGGCUGUCUCAUUGACAGCCGCUAGAGGCGCUUCCGCGCUUCUCACUGUGAUUUUCACAGUGAGAAGACGCCAGCGUCCAUAGGAAAGCAUUGUGAAUGCUUUCCUAUGGAUUGGCUGAAUGUGCGCGCGGCUCCUGCCACGCAUGCGCAUUCAGCCGAAGAUGAGGAGAGGAGGCGGAGAGGAGGAGGAGAGCUCCCCGCCCGGCAUUGGAGAAAGAGGUAAGUUUAACCCCUUCCUCCCCCUUAGCCCGGCGGGAGUGGGACCCUGAGGGUGGGGGCACCCUCAGGGCACUAUAGUGCCAGAAAAACUCGUUUUCCUGGCACUAUAGUGGUCCUUUAAAUGUGCUUGUUUUGACUGUCUCGUCCAAGACUGCCUGCAAGCAGACUGCUGCUAAAUUACUGCAGUGUGAACACGUUUAAUGAUGCAUUUGCACUGCACAUUCGCUGGCAUCUGUUGAAACGAGACAUCAAAAAACAAACAAACUGGGGUGGCAGGAUUGGGCCCUGUCAGGUGCGGGACAGUAAAAUGCAUGCUAGUUUAAAAAGCAUCAAAUUCUAAUGCAGUUUUAUAAACACAAUAGUUGAGAAAAUAGGGAUAUUUCAGACACAAAGCAGAGAAGGGUCCUAAUUUUGAAAUAAUUGAAGAUGUUCUAAAUCACCACACAUUCACUGUCCUACGUCUGCUUCUGUUAUCGACCCAGUGUUACCUAGUCAAUUAAGCCCACACUGCGUCACUCUAAGGGUAGGUGGAAUUUAACCUUCAACCUUUUAAUAUUCUAAACUAUUUGUUAUAUAUUGUAACAGAUUCAUAGCAGAGAUGCAACAUACUCAUCAAGAAAGGUUCAUAAUAGUGAUACAAUAAUGCUAAAUACAUAAGAAUACAUUUUUAAAGUCUAGAAACUUACAUUUUACAACAUAAAAUUAAACCAAAGAAGAAUCCAGUCAGGCUAUUUUUAUCUGCCGUUACACUGUGUGUUUAAUCUUAAAGUGUACAAAUCUUAUUUCCUUACAAUCAAUACUUAAUUAUUAUUUGAGUUAUAUUGAUAUAGGUAAUAUCUUUCAAAUUAUUAUCACUUUGUUCCUGUCUGUUCCAUUCCAUUUAACUUUUAGUGUUGUCUGCCACUAAAGGCAGGAGGGGCAAAGGGAAUGAGUGGUACAUUUGGUUUGGCCCCAAAUCUCGCUGACUAUGUAUAUGCAAAGUGGGAGUUUAUAUGUUUUUUACUUUGAAUUCUUUUGGCAUGUUAAUUUUAGCACACUAUAUUGCACUUUCUUUUGGCACGCCUGCUUUGCUAAAGCACUGAUGCUCAAGAUGACUAUUGAUAGCUAUGGCCAGAAAUGUUCUGGGCCACAAUGAAAUGUAACAUUCCUAUUAUUUGCUUCUUGGGUCUUCAAUAUGUUUGAUUGCUGAUGGGGCUGCUAAGGAUGAAACAGAAGAUUAUUGGGUCCUUGCCCUGCCUCUGAUUAUUAUUAUCAAAACCCAUUUUUAUUUAUUUUUUACUCAAUAUUCCUAUGUUUAUUCAUAAGUGUUAGUAGGUGGUGAUUUAAUAAGAAAUCUGAAAUCAAAAAAUACAAUUGUGACGGAAUAAUAGUAUUGUCAAGCACAGCUCUCUUUUAUGACAAGUAGGAUGUUCCAGCAGACAGUAGUUAUGUUUUUGAUAGCAAAACUGUCAUUCACUCUGGGUGAAAGAUGAAAGGGGUUUUGCUAGAUCAGCUUUGCUGUGAUCACUUUUGCCUGUAAACAAGGCACGGGCGGUUCAUUGAAGGACACAGGAUCUUCGAGAAGAAUCCUAAUGACUUCUUCUUGUCUGGAUUUAAUUGCGAGAGACUUUUACUCAAAAAAGAAGCCAACUCUCCUAAAGCAUUAAACAGGGACUAUCCUCACCCGGCAGUCCAGCAUUGAAACUGUUAAGCUAGGAAUCAAUAUUAUGACUAGCCUAUCAAUUUGCACCAAGUGCCUCUUACUAUUUGAUGGCGUGUUGAGAUUGGUUGCCUAAAGAUUUCUCUCUGAACUCUUUCAUUGCUGAAUUGCUUACAGUAGAAGUUUAGAGUGAACACGCUAUUACUUUGUCACUGUGCCUCGCAAAGGAUCCAUAGUAAUGCACAGCAUGAAGCCAUUUGAAAGUCUUGCAAAACAGACACAACACAGACAGCACAGAGAAUAUAUAUUAACACAUAAUGUGUGUCUCCAGAGAACUGGAACUAAAUAGGAAGUAGAAUAAGCCCUGGGGCAGCAAGAUGCUAAGACAUCCAGUAGAAUGUCAGACUGGACUUCCCUUGUCGUUGAGAAUACAAUAGGAUGUGUCAUAUUCUCCCCGUCAUUCAAGUCUGCAGUAAUGGAUUGCAAUAAAGCAUCUCACUGCAAAGGUUAGACCUUUCGGGAGAUAAAUUUAAACCAGUGCAAAUCAUCUUAAAAGCAUUCGGCAAACGAAGAGACCUCUGUGCCUGGAAAAAAGGUUACAUGCACUCUUUGUGCCCACUGUAUAAAACAACACAUGGUGGUGGUCUCAAGAUGAAGAAACACAUAACUGCUCAAAUGCUGUCCAUAACUUAUUUUUUUUUUAAAUAGAAUGGAAUGGACAGAGAUUGGGAAGAUUAAUGCAGGAUCAUGGUUAGUAAAAAAAUAAAUAAAAAAAAAUUAAAUAAAAAUAAAAAAAUAAAAAAAAUAAAUAAAAUAUAUAUAUAUAUAUAUAUAUAUAUAUAUAUAAAUAAAUAUACAGUAUUUCACAAAAGUGAAUACACCCUCACAUUUUUGUAAAUAUUUCAUUAUAUGUUUUCAUGUGUCAACACUGAAGAAAUUACACUCUGUCCCCUUAAAAUAACCCAACAUACAGCCAUUAAUGUCUAAACCGUUGGCAACAAAAGUGAGUAUACUCCUAAGUGGAAAUGUCCAAAUUGGAUCCAAUUAGCCAUUUUCCCUUCCCUUCCCUCCCCACACACUCUCAAACUGGUCACUGGAAGUUCAACAUGGUACCUCAUGGCAAUGAACUCUCUGAGGAUCUGAAAAAAAGAAUUGUUGCUCUACAUAAAGAUGGCCUUGGCUAUAAGAAGAUUGCCAAGACCCUGAAACUGAGCUGUUGCAUGGUGAGCAAGACCAUACAGUGGUUUCACAGGACAGAUUCACUAGAACAGGCCUUGCCAUGGUCGGCCAAAGAAGUUGAGGGGAUGUGCUCAGCGUCAUAUCCAGAGGUUAUCUUUGGGAAAUAGAUGUAUCAUUGCUGCCAGCAUUGCUGCAGAGGUUGAAGGGGUGAGGGGUCAGCCUGUCAGUGCUCAGGCCAUAGGGCUCACACCACUUCAAAUUGGUCUGCAUGGCUGUCUUCCCAAAAGGAAGCCGCUUCUAAAGAUGAUGCACAAGAAAGCCAGCAAACAGUUUGCUGAAGACAAGCAGACUAAGGACAUGGAUUACUGGGACCAUGUCCUGUGGUGCGAUUACUUAUUUGGUUCAGAUGGUGUCAAGCAUGUGUGGCGGCGAUGAGUGGCAGGUGAUGAGUACAAAGACAAGUGUGUGUUGCCUACAGUCAAGCAUGGUGGUUGGAGUGUCAUGGUCUGGGCCUGCAUGAGUGCUGCUGGCACUGGAGAGCUACAGUUCAUUGAGGGAACCAUGAAUGCCAACAUGUACUGUGACAUACUGAAGCAGAGCAAGAUCCCCUGUCUUUGGAGAACAAAAUGACCCCAAACACACCUCCACGACGACCACUGCCUUGCUAAAUAAGCUGACAGUAAAGGUGAUGGACUGGCCAAGCAUGCCUCCAAACCUAAACCCUAUUGAGCAUCUGUGGGGGAUCCUCAAGCGGAAAGUGGGGGAGCACAAGGUCUCUAACAUCCACCAGCUCCGUGAUGUUGUCAUGGAGGAGUGGAAGAGGACUCGAGUGGCAACGUGUGAAGCUCUGGUGAAUUCCAUGCCCAUAAGGGUUAAGGCAGUGCUGGGAAAUAAUGGUGGCCACACAAAAUAUUGACACUUUGGGCCCAGUUUGGACAGUUCCACUUAGGGGUGUACUCACUUUUGUUGCCAACGGUUUAGACAUUAAUGGCUGUGUGUUGAGUUAAUUUGAGGGGACAGCAAAGUUACACUGUUAUACAGGCUGUACACUUACUACUUUACAUUGUAGCAGAGUGACACAUGAAAAGAUAUAAUAAAAUAUUUACGAAAAUGUGAGGGGUGUACUCACUUUUGUGAGAUACUGUAUAUAUAUAUUUGGGUUUAUUUUGUCUUUGUCACAGUCAAAACAAGUAACCUGACCAGAAUGGAGGUUCACUCCGCCCAUCACAAGAAGGCCAGAACAAGACAGACUCAAUGGGAGUUCUUGUGUGUUGUGUUUUUGGAGGAUAUUCUAGUGUUCCAGAGAACAAUCUAGAAGAUUAGAGGGGUGAGCUGGUUCAGUAAACAGAUAAACACAUCUUCCAGACAUAAAGGGAUCGUCGUGAGUUGCUGGCUAUAAAAGAUGAAUGGAAUAUCUGCAGCUCAAUGCCAUGUUACUUGCCGUUCGAAUGACAUGCAACUAAAAUGAUCGUUGGUGCAGUUGGGAUUUUUCUUUCUUUCUUAAUUUAGCUUCUGUACACCACAUGUAAAUAACCUUUGCACAUUACAGUAUAGGUUUAACUAAAAAUAGACAGGAUUAUUCACUAAAGUGAGAAUUUAAGGUGAAUUUCAAAGUUGAGGCCAAAAUAGCCAGAGUGGAAAAAUUAUUUUAAAGGGACACUAUAGUCACCUGAACAACUUUAGCUUAAUGAAGCAGUUUUGGUGUAUAGAACAUGCCCUGCCAUUUAGGAGUUAAAUCCCUUUGUUUAUGAACCCUAGUCACACCUCCCUGCAUGUGACUUGCAUAGCCUUCCAUAAACACUUCCUGUAAAGAGAGCCCUAUUUAGGCUUUCUUUAUUGCAAGUUCUGUUUAAUUAAGAUUUUCUUAUCCCCCCCUAUGGUAAUAGCUUGCUAGACCCUGCAAGAGCCUCCUGUUUGUGAUUAAAGUUAAAUUUAGAGAUUGAGAUACAACAAUUAUUUAAGGUAAAUUACAUCUUUUUGAAAGUUAAACCAGUUUUUUUUUCAUGUAGGCUCUGUCAAUCAUAGCCAGGGGAGGUGUGGCUAGGGCUGUAUAAACAGAAACAAAGUUAUUUAACUCCAAAAUGAAAGUGAAUUGAGCAGUGAAAUUGCAGGGGAAUGAUCUAUACACUAAAACUGCUUUAUUUAGCUAAAGUAAUUUAGGUUACUAUAGUGUUCCUUUAAGUUAGCCAUGCUUCCAGUUUAACUACUUUGGUCUAAACAUUGAAAUUGACUUGUUGAUGUUAAAGUGGCACCCCCCACACUCCCCCCAAAAAGUAAUUAAAAAAGAUAGACUAUUUAUGAAAUACUCAGAUUGAUUUUUGGAAUUUCACUGAAAUUGCGGGAUUCACCAUAGACCUCAUUGCUCUGUUACUUUGCAGGUUUUGCAUUUAAAUUAUUUUUUGUCCCUCUAUUUCUCAGUGGUUUUAUUUUUUCUGAUUCUCUUUAGGGUUUUAGUUAUACAUAAGAUAAAGUAGAGACUACUUUUUUCUUAUGAGCAGCGUGAUCUGUGGCAAUGGACAGAGCUUCAGCAAAAGUAAAAUCUUAGCAGCUAAGCUAAUUUACCCAGAAUCAGUCAGUCAAAAGAAUCCCACAGAAGGGCAAACUGCAAACAUGUAGCAGUGGGGAGCUCAUAGUGCAACAUAAAAGUGGCACUCUGAUUAUUAUUACAAUUUAUAUAGCGCCCCCAUAUUCCUCAGCGCUCGCCACUUUACAGUAAUACAUUGGGGAUAUAAAACAAGUACUUACAUAUGAAGUGGUGUUACCAGAGGCCCUGCUCAAAUGAUCUCAUAAUCUAAGAUUUAUGGAAAGAAGAACACAAGUAAAUGAAAAUAGAGGACAAGAGAAGGUCAUUGGCAGGGCAAAGGGAAUAUUUGUCGAUUUGAGAGGAAAUUUAAUGGAGAAAGAGUUGUUAAAGACUCUGUAUGUUAAUGUCAGUAGCUUGAAUUGCAGAGUGUAAGAGACAAUGCACACACACAUUGGGAUGCUCCAAACCAGGAGGGCCAGCUCCCAAUCAAUCCAACUGGAACAAAUACAUACAUCUGGGCACAAAUGGUUUCCUAUUAACAGGUAGUCUUUUAUUUGGAGUUUUAGAGAAAAAGACAAUGUUUCAGCUCUAUCCUGUGUCUUUGUCAAGUCUUCACUUGAGGCCAGAGUCGAAAGUGACACCAAGACUGGUACAUUUGGGUGUUUGGGUAAAUAGGUGUUUCCAUGACCUGAAGGGAAAUAGACACAGAAGGAGGGGUAUUUGAACGAGGAAGGAUAAGAAAUUCAGUUUAGGAAAGAUAUCCAGGGUUAUUAACUAAAGUGAGAAUUCACAUUCAAUUCAGGGUAAGUUUCAAUUUUUAGGCCAAAAUAGCAGAACUAAAACUAUAAUUUUUCCAGUUCGUCCAUUUUUACCUUGAAUUUGGAAUUCACAUUGAAUUCUCAUUUUAGCGAAUAACACUGAAAGUUUUAUAAAUAGAGAAAACAUCCAGUUAAUGCUAGCAGUGAGGCAGUUGGUGACAUUUUCCAGGAGGUUAGGAGAAUGAACCACGGAGUAGAGGUAGAUCUGAGUGUGGUCAGCAUACCGGUGAUACUGGAAACCAAAGACGUUAAUAAGGUUACCAAGGUAUGCAAUGUAAAGAGGAAACAAAAGGGGGGCAAGAGCCAAGCCUCUGGCUAGUAGUGGGGAGGAUGUAGUGCUAGAAAAUGUUACUCUGAGCAUUGAUGGAGCUAAGAAGAAAACUAAGAAAAGACAGAAUCAUGGAGGCCAAGGUCUUCUAGGCUUAGAAGAAGGAGCUUGUAAUUAACAGUGUCAAACACAACAAACAGGUCAAGGAGAAUUAAGAGCUAAUAGUGACCUUUGGAUAUAGCAGUGUGCAAAUCAUUGAUCACUUUAGUAGUCUGAAGAGAGUGGAAACCUGAUUGAAGAGGAUCAAUGUGAGAGUUGGAAUUGAGAAAGAUAGCAAGAUCGGUGUACAUGGGCUGCUCUAGAGCACUAUGGGUAAAGGGUUAAUGACACCAGACCCCUGAUUACCUGUUGGUAGCCCCAGCAACCACUAAAUUAACCCCUGCAAUGUCUUCUACACUAACACCCUAGUACACACUUUACUGCCACCACCAAGACUUUUUAUCCGGGCGUCUUCGGUUACCCAACACACAGUAGAAUUACCGUAUCACAACCUUACUUUACUGAUCAGACCUAUAUAAUCAACCCUUUUGGUAACGUGUUGACCUGAGCCUUCCUCAGGAGAGUGAGCUCAUAGAGAACAAAAACACAAGCUGAUUAAGGAAACAUUUAAUCUGACAAAAAGGAUUCACAGCGCUAAAUUACAUACAGAAACACAGAUAGCAAAUUGCAAAACAGUCCAUAAAAUAAAAUAGGAGAAAACACAAGAAAUCCCUCACAUAUAUUUACCCGUUAUAGCUACUUUUUUGUGGGAGAUUCAUAUGUUACAGGUCUCCAGGUAGUUGUUGAAAAAAUAAAUCACCCUCAGGAUAGUCCAAGAUCCUCAUUAUGUACCUUAAAACUAGUUGUUUCUCAGUGGGCAGACCCCUGGGUGGAUCAAUGGGGUUUAGCCUGGCAGUUUAUUGCCCACUCCAUAUUUUCUUAAAUUAUGUUGUCCUUUGAAGAACCCAGAGUCAGAGCAUACGCACCAAUACCUUUUACAAUGCCCUAUGUCCAGCUCUGGCGAUGGUCAUCUAGUAGUUUUAUGGCUUAGUCCUGGUGUAAGAUCAAAGCCCGCAAUAAAUGUUAUCCCAAGGUUUACAAAAACAAAUCAUAACAUAUAUCAAAUACCAACUCAUGCUUUGGCAUGACAGUGGUAUUGAUAAGCUAGUAAAUGUACUGGAAUAUGGAUGAAAGGAAGUAAACACAUUUUAAUAUAUAUAUAUUAUUUUUUUUAACAGCACCACCCUGUGGUGAAAAUAUUGUUUACAUGUCCUUGAAACCUUUACAGAAUCCAUUUCUCUUGUGUUUCUAAUUACAUUAUGCGCGCUGGCUGUUUUGAGGUGAGGCGCCUCCUCCUUGAUAUAACAUAACAUUAUAUCUGCUUGCAUAUUGAGGGUUAUUUACCUCUUUUAAAUAAAUGGCCUUUAGAUUCUGCCCAUUGUGCAUCAAUAUAUUUGCUUGGCCCUGGCAAUUAAUAAAAGUUUUUUUUUUUUUUCCUUCAAAGUCUCUAGGGAAAAUUUCAAUGUAGACUGAAAAGUCCCUUCUGUCUUUGUUGCUAUGAUACUAUAUAAUGGAGAGGAACAUUUAACAGGCCCCUUGGUCAGCUUAGGUUGCUGCAGAAACCAUUUUAUAAAAGCAUUGAUGGGGAGAUCUCUUUGCAGUCUGAAAGGCAAGAAGACGUGUUGCAUUAAAUAUCACAUUGAGAGGAGUGGUUGAUCCAUGGAAUAGAUUCUCAGCACAGCUGUUAUAAGCAGUAGUGUGUUUUAGAAAGACAAAAAAAUAUAUUAAAUAUAACAAAAGAAUAAGGAAAAUUUUAGGUUUUUUAUGUUAGUGUCUCUCCCCUGUGACUCUCCCAGCAUAUCAGGGGAUAGAGAUAUAAUUUAUGACAUCGGUCGUGAACUGAGGCUGCAGUUGGUAGAAUGAAUCAUUAGCUCAUCAAUAUCAGGCAGUCUGGAUUAACAGACACUGACUAAUAUGUUAGUACUAUACAAGGACAUGGAUAUAAGGGAGAAUGUGUGUGCAUACAUGUGUCAUUGUGUGUAUGUGUAAAUCUGUGUGUAUCACUGGUAUUCCAGCUGUUGAAGAACAAAAUCCUAUGACAGUAAUGAAGAAAAAAUGAAAUCAACUAAUUUAAAAGAUAUCUAUUAUUACAGUAAACAUUAAGAUAAAAGGUUUAAAUUUACCAUAAUACACAAUCCUAUAUGUGAACAUAUCAUCCCAAAAUCAUAGAAUUUGGGGAUGAGAUGAAUAUGGCCUCUAGAACAUCCAAACAACUGGUUAUGAUUUCAGUAGAUGUUGGAAUGGUACUGCUGGAUUUGCUUCUAAUCAGCUGCAAGAUUAUUAUUGAGAUCAGGUCUCACACUGUUGCUUCAAUUUAAUAUUGCUGGAUAAGCUUUUCAAAUUAUCUAAUAUUUUUUGAUAAACUCAAAAUAUUAAAAUAUUAAAAUAAAUAAAUAAAUAAUAAUAAUAAUAAUAAUAUAUAUAUAUAUGUAUAUGUAUAUAAAUCAAUAUAUAAAAUAUAUUCUAAAAUUAUUAUGUUUCAUCAUGAUAAAUUAAUUUCAAAGUUUACCCAAGAAUAUUAAAUUGAGACCAAAGUUGGAAUCAUACUUUGCUGUUAAAGGGACACUGUAGGCACUAUACUUGUAUCUAAUUUAAUUGAUCAAAGUCCCCUCUAUCCACUAUUAUUUUUUUUUUUAGCAGUUUAAAACUGAAUAAGUGUCCCUAGCCACCCACAGCCAGGCUCCUUACUAGAGGUAUGGCUAAGAUAGAGAUUGCAUACUUACUUCUAUCCAUACCAAUUCAUACCUGUAGUGGGUGCUGGGAUAGGCUGAAUGCAAUCAGCUGACACUCUCAGUCAUAGCCACCCAUCUCUUUUCAGGCUAAUACUUCCUGUUUAGCCAAAGCAGCACAGAGAUGAUGUUGUGUUGAGGACUCUCGUUUAGCAUUAAAACAUUAAAAAAUGGUUUAACACUAAAUGGAAGUAGGGUGUCACGGGAGUCCAGACACCAUAACCACUUCAAUAAGAUAAUGCAAUUACAGUGUCUACAGUUCUUUUAAAGUGUUACCAUCUGGGGUGAUUACAUCAUUCAGUACUAUGGAGAAUCCCGCAAGACUGCAGGAUCCUCAAUAGAUAGGGCCAAUUUCCUGCAGCUAUUAUUGGCUGGGCAAUUGACACUUCUAGAUGGUGGUAGCUCCACCCACUGCCUAGAAGUGUCAUGUGUAGGAAAAAUACUAGGGAGAUAUCAGCUAUGCCUCACUGAUGAUGCCUAACAAGGCUGAAACGAUCGUCUGGGGUUGCUGUAUCUCUCGUGCAGAGAGAACUUGCUGGCAUUUCGGAUCUGGACUGCCCGUAUGGGUGGGACCAGUCUGAUAUGCUUCAGAUAUGUUCUCUCUGUAAUGGCACAAGAUGAGCAAAAAUCAGCUUGAGAACUGAGCGGGGACCGACCGAAGGGCAGGCUAUUUCAGCUGCUGCCCGUUCUCAGUAUUCUCUUGCGACCCAUUUUUUGACUCUCCACAAGUUUAAAAGGAUAAUCCAGACGUGGACCCCUUGCUCACGGUGCCUAGGGAGAUAUCAGCUAUGCCUCACUGAUGAUGCCUAACAAGGCUGAAACGAUCGUCUGGGGUUGCUGUAUCUCUCGUGCAGAGAGAACUUGCUGGCAUUUCGGAUCUGGACUGCCCGUAUGGGUGGGACCAGUCUGAUGUGCUUCAGAUAUGUUCUCUCUGUAAUGGCACAAGAUGAGCAAAAAUCAGCUUGAGAACUGAGCGGGGACCGACCGAAGGGCAGGCUAUUUCAGCUGCUGCCCGUUCUCAGUAUUCUCUUGCGACCCAUUUUUUGACUGAAACUAUUUCAGUCAAACAAAGAGUUCAGUUUAAUAAUUUUGGAUAAACUUUUAAAAUUAUUAUAUUUUUCUCAAAUUAUUAAAAUGUCAAAUACGUAUCAUAUAUAAAAAAAACACAUCAAACACAUCAAUACUUAAAAAAAAAAAUACAAGUAUAAAAUGUGAAUCCUUUUAAAAACUAUUAAAUAAUUUGAAAAGUUUAUCCAGCCUCUGACAACAGUUGGGAUUUUGGGGUCCUCUCCCACUGUCUUAAUUUAGGCAUCGUCAUAAUAAACUGUUCAAAUGAUUCAAUACCGUUAGAAAAAAUUCCAAAUGAUAUAUCUACAAUAAUUGCCAAAGACUUUAAUGGGGAAUUCUGUGGAUAAAUCACUUGGAAAGAUUUCUAACAGUAUUGAAAUAAUUGAAAAACGUAUUAAAUUGAGGCCUCAAUCGACUCUGUCACCAUCUGGGUCUAUUGCAUAGUUUCCAAAGUUUCCUGAUCCUGACAUCUCCAUAGGUGAUUCAGUCACUGAGUGGGCAGGGGUGAGAUAUAUGUACCUGAAUCUGUCACUAGUGGGCACUGCCAUCCCCUUCUGGCACUCCAGUGGCCAGGAGCUGACGUCAGUGGUUUACUCAGUAAAAAUUCUAACACAGAAAAUCUGAGUAUUUAGUAAAGAUGCAAUCUCUGUGUAAUACUCAUUACUGAUAUGAGGAUGACAGCAACGUUUUAGUUCCCUGGUGUUCCAUUACUUUCCUUGGGCAGCAAAGUGUAAUGGCAUUGGUAGGUGACGGGUGCAACAGCACUCAAUACCAGGUCUUGUAGUUUAGGUACGGGCAAGACAUACCCCUUCAUUGGGCAGGCCUGUCCCUUUUUCUAGCUGCCCCAUUAUGGGUGUAACCGGUGCGUGCGUCACAUCACUAGUGACAUCCCCUCAGGUUCGCCUACCUGUCCCAAUCUAUUACGUGUUGGAAGGUAUUUGCAUUGUCUAAAAUUCAUUUACAUUAUACCUCUAAUGUUUGUCUAUACACACAAAGAAAUGCAGUAGAAUUCUCUUUUUUUCUGCAGCAGUUUGUGAUGGGAGUGUCUGAAUUUCUUUAUUUAAGAGAAAUCUAUGCAAUAGGCUAGCAGUAUGCUGAUAAUCUGGUAGAAACAUCAGUUGCGAAUAAUUACUGGUUGGACUGGGGUUGGCAGAUCCAUCAUGAUUCCUGUAUCAAUAUGACGUCCAUGCUGUUGGGUAGAACAUGAAGAGUGCUGCUAUGUAGUAUUUAUAACAAAUAGAAAAGAAGGUAAUCAAAGAUCAAUGAGUCCUAGCACACCUAGCACACCGUGCAGCCAUGAAUCUAAAUUUUAAUUAAUGAGAUAAAUUAAGCCCUAUAUUUUCUAAGGAUUGAGUUGAGAAUAUGCAUGCGUUGCAACAUGUAUAUAUUUACUAUAUGUAUUUUUUUUGCAGUUGGAAAGACUUCCCUCAUCACUAGGUUUAUGUAUGACAGUUUUGACAACACAUAUCAGGUAAGCAUGCAUGUCGCACACAGGGACUGUAAGAACGAAUUAGGGGUUAGGUUCCCAAGUAAACAGUUCUCAGUUGAGAACACGUUGGCCUCAUUUCUAGAUCUUACACUUGGGCACGUUUCUCAAAAAUAUACUGUUUGUUUGUUUAAAUUUGUCAAAUUAAGCUUUGCUAUGAAUAUUCUGUAUCUAUCUGUGUCAAUGUAUCUAGCACUUCUUAAUAUUUUUGUUAGGAAUACAAAUGUAUGUAUGUAUGCCUGACACCAUAGUUCUGAUGUAGCAUUUUAAAUGAGUGGCCCUGCUCAGAUCAUACUGAAAAGGUGAUUAUACUCAUAUUUUCUCCGACACUGCAUUGAUCUCGCCGCAGGUGGCCCCUCUUGAUGAUCUCAGCCAAUUAAAUACUUUCCCAUAGGAUAGCAUUUAGAGGCAAUAGUGUAUGCACGGCAAAACACCAGCAUCUCCUCAUAGAGAUGCAUUUAAUUAAUUCAUCUCUAUGGGGAACAUACAGCACUUCCAUGCAGAGAGUGGAGACACAGAACAUAGGUGCUGCACUCUGUGCAGCACUGGACUAGGAAGCACCUCUAGUGGCCGUCUGAGUAACCUCCACUAGAGGUGUCCCUAGGCAGCAAUAUAAACACUGCCUUUUCAUGAAAAGGCAGUGCUUACAAAAAAAUGCCUGCAGGGACAUGCUAUGGCUACCAGAACCACUACAUUAAGCUGUAGUGUUUCUGGUAACUAUAGUGUCCCUUUAACUUCUUGGUCAGGAAUAUAUGUAUUUGUCAUACACUAAGCAACUGCUCACCGUAAAUGGCUUAGUGUUUUGGCACUAGUCUUUUACAGUGCAAUGGAGCGCUCUUAUCUUAGAAGACUGGUAAAGGUGCUGUGCAGAAUUUAUAGCACUAUAGAUUGUAAUACAACAGCAGACGUAUGGGUUAGCAAACUAGUUUUGUUAUUGAAAUAUAUUUUACCAAACUCGUGUCAUGUAUAUAUUUUGAAGAAAUCAAAUAUGUAUUUAUAUAAAUUAUAGUAAUGACAAACUUGUAGAAUAUUACAUAGUCUAUGUGUCUAUGUAUUACCAAAAUAACCAUACAUCAGUUAUUUAUAAGGCAAUAGCAAAAUGGGUAUAAUUUCUACCAAAUAUUAAAUAAUGUAAUAAUUCAGAAAUGCUAAAUGUAUCAAACUAUGGCAAGCAUGUAAUAUACUAUUUCUGUUUGUUUGUUUGUUUCUUUUACUCCCUUGUCUAGGCUACAAUUGGAAUAGACUUUCUCUCAAAAACAAUGUAUCUAGAGGAUCGGACGGUAAGCCUUUAUUUUUCAUUAUCUCAUUGGAGGCUUUAAAACCUUUACCUUGAAUCACAAAUAGCAUGUGUUAGGUAGUCAGGCCGGGAAGGGGCUACUUUUUCCUAUGGGGAUCGUGAUCUUUGUCUUUUUUUUAUGGAGCUAAAGCAAAAUGUCAUUUUAACAAGUGGAAAUCAAUAAAGUGGACAGCACUGUGAAAUGUUUGUAAGUUGUUAAGAUAUAUUUUCUUCUUAUGUGUUUAAUAGAUAAAAAAAAUCAAAAGAUAAAAAUACAAAUAUAGUGUAGUAUUUCAAACUCAAUGGUGUUGUAAAAAGUUAUAAUAAUACAUUCAAAUAAAAGGAGCCAUUUAGUAGACGUUUUAAUGUUCUUUCAAUGUUCUUCUUAUCAAUGUAACUCUCAAUCCUCACCAUGUGGAAUUUGGUAAGCAUUGAAGAGUAAAAAUGCACAUAGGGCAAUAUUGCAAGAGAGAAUAAUCUUGGGUGUACAUUUAUAGCACUUACUAGAUACAGAGCCUAAUAAUCCUGGUUCAGUUGUAUGUUGGCACUGUACCAAUAUGGGACUGCAAGUGGUGGCACAACAACAGAGUAGCCAGAUGAAAGUUGAGGAAGAUGUGAAACAAUUUAUUAAAACAAUUUAAAAACAAAUAAGAUAUCCAGCAGUCCCUUCUGAGACGCAUUUUGCUUUUGUCAUGAAGCUUUCCCAAUUAGUUUGCCAUUAGCUCUCAAUAAUGCUGUAUUUAUUACCUGAUGAACUAUGUGGAUACCCUUCUCUGGCCAAUUAGCAUGAAAUAUCUCACGUACCACUCUUGGGUGCUUGGAUGUUCAACUCUUCCCUUUUCUAGGGAGGAUAAGGAAGACUCCUCCUAGGGGCAUAGCACUAAAGCAACUGGUUGAUCAUCAUGAAGAUCCAUUUACUAUUCAAUACGAUCUUAGUUUGUUUAUCCUUUUGCCCCAAUGAAGUAAUUAGUUUGUAUCAAGAAGCCUAAAAUGGCUACAUUUCACAAAUGUAUUGAGCAGUGUCUCAAAAUGUUGCAAAAUCCCAUUAUAAUGCAUGGAGAUAUGGGAAACAAAGAAUAGUAGACAUUUAUGAAAUACCCAAAAAUAUGAUUAUACAAGAUAAUAUUUAAUCUCACAUAUUUAUUUUAACUUACCAAAGUACUUAUCUAAAAAUACGAGUACUAAAUAAAUACACAUUUUUUGCAAGAUCUUAUUUUUAUACUCAUUAUUUAAAGGGUUAAUCUUAACUAGUUUCACUAAAAUAUAAUUUAUAUUACUUAUGCAUUUAAAUAUACUUGGGUUCAUAAAAAAUUCGAUAAAGUAAUACAAAACAAUAUAAAAUAAAAUUAAUUAAGAUUGGAGACAAUAUAUAAAUGCAAUUAUAUCAUUUAAAGGGUAAGUACUAAAUUAAUUUAUACAUUAAUUCUGCAAAAGACUUUGCAGAACUAAUAUUAAUAUAAAAAAUGGCCUAAGUAUAGUCCAACAUGAGAAUGCUUAGCUCUGAAUUUGACCAGCAAUAUCACCCAAAACAAUUCCCGCAGGCUGCAUUUCCUGACUGGAAAAGAGACUUGCAGGUUAAUUGUUCAUUAAAAUAUAUGCAAGAUCUGACUAUAUUAACCAAGGAAGAGUUGGCAGAAGGACUGCUCUCCAGCGCAAUAUGGUGGAUGGAGCUUAAAGUCUAGGACUAUUAAGCUCUGGGUGACUAGGGCUAACCCUCUGAUGUCAUCUUAAGAUCUACAGCCAAUCAGAGCGCUAGUAGGGAUGAGACUGGUAUGCGCAGGCUGCUGGAGACUGAAGGGAGGAGAGACCUACAGCUAUUCAUGGGGGCAAAAGCACGAGCUGAUGUCUCUCAGGCAAUGAAUAAUGUGUAAACUUGGCAUGACGUGGUAUGGUAAUGUAUGAAUUUCUGCUUUACCAUAUAAACUCAGACUACAAGCAGCACGGGCAAGGCAACCAUCAUGGGUAGAUAAUUCCAGUCUGUUUUUAAUGGUUUAACAGAUUACUGUCAGAUGUUACCAGGAGAUUCCUGGCACCCUAACCACGGCAGUGCUCUGUAAUGGAUAGGGUGCUAAGAGUAUCCCUUAGCAGCAUAUUUGAGCAUGUUUUAUUAUGUGUUAUUUAUACAUCUACUGUAUGUGACAAAAAGGUAUCUCUGCAUGUAUGUUCUAGCUAUGCAUCCCAUAUUUCAUAUAUAUGGUAUGAUAUUAUUAUUAAAAAGAAAACGUGAUUUGUAAAGUAUGUGUUUGUCAAGAUGUUAAUGGAGAAUUUGUGAUUUAAGAUAAAUUGUAAAUGAGUUUCAAAAAAGAUCAUAUUAUGUUAUAUACAAACAUUUAAGAGACAUCAUAAUCUCUCUGCUGUUCAUGUUCUUCUGUAUGCAGGCAAUAGCAUGAGGGAUGUGGACUUUGUAUAACCCGACUCCUGGGACAUGCCGUUCCUGGCACGCAGCUUAUUUGGGAGUUUAACAGCCUAAAAACAAAUUGUCACAUUCUGAUAGAGAAGUUAAAGCAAGUUAUUAGCGGUGCUUUUUUAUACGUAAAGAAACACUAUACACAACACACAAACAUGUAAUCCUGACACUAUAGUCCUAGCAUGGCUGUUUAGGUUAGAUAUAGUUACAUAGGCUAAAAAGAGACAAGUUCAGCCUUCCUCGUAUUUGUUUUUUUGCUGUUGAUCCAAAAGAAGGUCUCCCUUUUCUCUAAAAAGGCAGGGUUUACAUUGAAGAGCUUCCAGGGACAGGCUAUAGACAUCAGAACAACCACAUUACGCUGUAGUGGUUCUGGUGACUAUAGUGUUCAUUUAAUUCUCAAUGUUUUUAUUUACAUUUUCUAAAAAUGGCACAGUCUGGCAUCUGAUGCACAUUGCUGGUAAAUGUGCAUGCAUGCGCAUAGAAUCAUGGGAAAAAAAUCGUUCAUGGCACGCAUGCAGGGAAUAGAGGAAAAUGAUUGCACCAAUCACCCAACAGCUACACAUACAGGGAGUGCAGAAUUAUUAGGCAAGUUGUAUUUUUGAGGAUUAAUUUUAUUAUUGAACAACAACCAUGUUCUCAAUGAACCCAAAAAACUCAUUAAUAUCAAAGCUGAAUAUUUUUGGAAGUAGUUUUUAGUUUGUUUUUAGUUAUAGCUAUGUUAGGGGGAUAUCUGUGUGUGCAGGUGAGUAUUACUGUGCAUAAUUAUUAGGCAACUUGACAAAAAACAAAUAUAUACCCAUUUCAAAAGCCUGCCAUCCAUGGAUUCUGUCAGUGUUUUGAUCUGUUCACCAUCAACAUUGCGUGCAGCAGCAACCACAGCCUCCCAGACACUGUUCAGAGAGGUGUACUGUUUUCCUCCUUGUAAAUCUCACAUUUGAUGAUGGACCACAGGUUCUCAAUGGGGUUCAGAUCAGGUGAACAAGGAGGCCAUGUCAUUAGAUUUUCUUCUUUUAUACCCUUUCUUGCCAGCCACGCUGUGGAGUACUUGGACGCGUGUGAUGGAGCAUUGUCCUGCAUGAAAAUCAUGUUUUUCUUGAAGGAUGCAGACUUCUUCCUGUACCACUGCUUGAAGAAGGUGUCUUCCAGGAACUGGCAGUAGGACUGGGAGUUGAGCUUGACUCCAUCCUCAACCCGAAAAGGCCCCACAAGCUCAUCUUUGAUGAUACCAGCCCAAACCAGUACUCCACCUCCACCUUGCUGGCGUCUGAGUCGGACUGGAGCUCUCUGCCCUUUACCAAUCCAGCCACGGGCCCAUCCAUCUGGCCCAUCAAGACUCACUCUCAUUUCAUCAGUCCAUAAAACCUUAGAAAAAUCAGUCUUGAGAUAUUUCUUGGCCCAGUCUUGACGUUUCAGCUUGUGUGUCUUGUUCAGUGGUGGUCGUCUUUCAGCCUCUUACCUUGGCCAUGUCUCUGAGUAUUGCACACCUUGUGCUUUUGGGCACUCCAGUGAUGUUGCAGCUCUGAAAUAUGGCCAAACUGGUGGCAAGUGGCAAGUGGCAUCAUGGCAGCUGCACGCUUGACUUUUCUCAGUUCAUGGGCAGUUAUUUUGCGCCUUGGUUUUUCCACACGCUUCUUGCGACCCUGUUGACUAUUUUGAAUGAAACGCUUGAUUGUUCGAUGAUCACGCUUCAGAAGCUUUGCAAUUUUAAGAGUGCUGCAUCCCUCUGCAAGAUAUCUCUCUAUUUUUGACUUUUCUGAGCCUGUCAAGUCCUUCUUUUGACCCAUUUUGCCAAAGGAAAGGAAGUUGCCUAAUAAUUAUGCACACCUGAUAUAGGGUGUUGAUGUCAUUAGACCACACCCCUUCUCAUUACAGAGAUGCACAUCACCUAAUAUGUUUAAUUGGUAGUAGGCUUUCGAGCCUAUACAGCUUGGAGUAAGACAACAUGCAUAAAGAGGAUGAUGUGGUCAAAAUACUCAUUUGCCUAAUAAUUCUGCACUCCCUGUAUACAUUUCCAUCUAAAUUCUGCACACCCCUUCCCUGUAAAGCCUUCAGUAGUGUUUACUAGGAUGAGUAAGAGAGGAAUGCAGUAUUUAUAAAAAUCCAUAAAAUACCUGUUAACAGUGAUUUGUAAAAAUCUGCAUGUAGCUAUGGCAUUCUAUCCAGUAUUACCAAAUAUUGCUGUAUGCAACAAUAAUAUUAAAUACAGUUACUGGUGUAGACUUGGCAUUCUGUACAUGAAGCUGAUUUAUUGCGCAUUGCUAUAGCAUCUUGUUCACAGUCCCCUCCCCCUCGGUAUUAAUCUGCAUUGAACGUUGAAUCAUGUCAGUCUACUUUGCAGUAUAGGGAGAGAAGAAACGUGCAAACGUCUCAUUGUAAUAGGUCGAAAGAUGGAUUAUACUAUCCUAGUAACCUACUUUUCUACCCUACCCUUACCUUUUGUAUCACUAUACCCCACUCCAUCUACCAUGUAAGCUCAUUGAGCAGGGCCCUCAAUCCCUCUGUUCCUGUGCGUCAAACUCGUCUGGUUACAAAUAUAUGUCUAUUAGUCCACCCAUUGUACAGCGCUACGGAACUUGUUGGCGCUUUAUAAAUAAUAAUAAUAAUUACAAAUAUAAGCAUAUAUGUAUAUAUAGAUAUAGAUAGUAUUGAGCAAGUAGAAAGACUAAUUCGGCCUGUGCACCAGAUUAAGGAGGAAGGGGGACAAUCUUUGUAAGCAUACAAAUAGCAAAACAUAUAAUUUAAUGCAAGAUUAAUUUUAGAAUAUUAAUUUUUUUGUUUAUUCACUCUUUUUUUUGGUCCUCCUCUUGCUACUGUCGCUCACUGAUUUUUUUCCUUACUCUUAACUUCCUUGUCAUAAAUCGAAUUAUCUACAUAUCUGGCUCUUUCUAUACAUUAAUUACUUACUUUGUAAAUAUAAAACAUUGAAAACGUAUUUCCUCUUUCUAAUUUGAUGUAUGCAUUCAUUAGAAAUGGAUUCCUGCUCAUUAUCUUUAACUGCGCAAUAUUGUGAUUUUGUGAUAUUCUGUCUGGUGGAUGUAGACUCAGUAAUAUAACUAUAUCUACGCAUGGAUUUGGCCCACUUUUGCUGUGUUUCUUUCACCCUCCAUUUUUCUGCUUUGCAUAUGGUAAAUCUUUACUUACCUCACUUUCUUCAUCUCCUGUCACCUCAGGUCAGGCUGCAACUGUGGGACACUGCCGGUCAGGAGAGGUUCCGGAGCCUCAUACCCAGUUAUAUCCGGGAUUCUACCGUGGCUGUAGUGGUUUAUGACAUCACAAGUAGGUUCCUUUGAUCUACCAUAAAUUUCCAAUAUGCACUCAUUCGCUGAUUCUAUAUGGCGUGUAUCUAUAAAAGAACUGCCCCAAUACUCUUCCUUUUCCUUUUGAUAAACAGCAAAUCAAUUAAACAACUAAAGAUAUGUUUGGGAAUUGUAAUAGCUUUUUCCUUUUUUAAUAAAACCUCUUUACAGACAGAUUUCUACAGACAUCUCUUGAUGUUUUUUUCUACUGAAAUUGCUUGCAUAUUUAAGACAUUGCUUGGAUCAGUAACAUUGUAGUGCAUUGAUGGUUACUAAUUGUGACUCCAUUUGUGAAUUACAUAUCUCAACAGCUGGAAUGAUAAAAGAGGUUACCCAUCUGUGAUGGUAGUUAUCGUCACUGGGAAUGGAAGACAGACACUAUUUGUAGGUCCCCAGAUUCCGCUUGUGGUUUGGUCACCCUGUGCCCAUUAUUGGUGCAGGGUAUGUUUAAUGUAUUGCUUGUCUGUGCCUCACCUCCUCCCCUUUUGUCCUGUCCCAUUGUUUCCCCAGCAGGGAUUUGUCCCAGGGACACUGCCAGACCAGUUUAAACUAGCUGCUUUGUCCCUCCUCAAUCUCCCAUCAGCCCUUGCUAUUGUCUGACCCCACUCUUGCUUGUACUAUAGUGUUCCAUGCACCCUGUUGUAUAUAAAUGAGGCUGUUGUGGGCUUAAAAUAUAUGUGCUAUUUGUAUUAAAGUUAGUUGCUGUUUUAACCUUCAAUAAGUGUCAUCUUGUAUUUGGGUUAAUCUGCUAAUGGAAAGUGUGUCCAGGGCUGUAUACACAGUAGCCUGGUCCAGGGUGGAAAAGGCCUUCAGUAAUCCCAGUCAAGCCUCGGCAACUGGGUCUAAAGUGCUCCAGGGUCCCUGAUAGCUACUAGAAAGCAGAUUUGGUGGAGGUACUCGAUUGGAGUACUGGAGCUCCGUCACACCAUCAUUGGUGUAGAACUAAGAUUCAGAGUUAAUUUUUAUAAAGAGAGCUGCUAAUGUGGUAGUUCUGAAAUAGGCUGUGAGUGGCCAGGGACCCUUAUUUAGUUUCAACAGCUUAAACGUGACUUAAAGCAGGCUUCCCCAAACUCUGGCCCCCCAGAUGUUGUUUAAAAUAGAUAGGCUGAGAAUCAUGGGAUUUGUACUUCAGCAACAUCUGGAGGGCAGAAAUUUGGGGAAGCCUGACUUAAAAGAAGACUAUAGUGCUUGGAAUACACCUUUGCGUUCUCCCCCUAUCCCACCCCACCUUGAUAGACAGCCACUAGAGAAAUCUCUGCACCCAAUGAGGUAGAUGAAGUGGUGCCUAUAGUGUCCCUUUUACCACUGAAUGGAGGGAGAGCACCAGACGACUCCAGACACUAUAACCAAUUUAAUAAGAUGCAAGUGUUAUAGUGCCAACAGUGUCCCUUAAUUUACCAACAGAGGGGAAACAUUGAAUUAGCUUUGGGAACCAGAUAUGGAUCAUAUUAAUAGAAAGUAGGUCCAGGCACUCAAGGUUUCUUCAAAGAGGCAUAUUUAUUGAAAACUGAAUGUGCAACGUUUCGGCCUUCAUAGAGGCCUUUGACAAAUGGAUACAACCUCUUUACAUCAGAGAUUGUAGUUUGACAUACAACUGAUAAGUGCGACCAUAGAUUGGAUAAAGGUUUAUGUUCUGUAUUUGAAAAUGGAAUCUUGUGUUUUAUAUGUGGAAUGGGCAAAGUAGAUUAACAAAAUGUAUCGUGUCAUCAUUUAAAACGUCUGCUUGUAUAUGGUUUAUUAUAAAAGUUAUUUUUUGUGACUUGAGUUACAUGCUCGACUUAGCCCUGCAGUUUCUACAUGCACUUUGCUAAUUAAAGGUAAAUUGUCACUUUUCUAGAAUAUACACCAUUAAAUAAAACAUUGAAACCACCACUAACUCAUGUUAACCUUUUUUAUUUUCAUGAAAAGCUUUGUUUUCUUUUCAAUUCAUAUGAAACAUUUAUCUGAUGACAUCAUAGUCCAGUUAAGACUAGGGAAAUAUCGGCAAGCAUUGAAAAUGAAGUAGAGAAAUAAAAACAUUGUUUCAUUCUCCUUUUCUCUGUGUGCUUUAUCUGUGCUGACAGAGUUUAUAUUUCAAUGACUGUCACUGAGCUAAGAUGGCAGGUCCCAGAGCUGUGAAUUUCUUCAUUAACAGAGUUUUUCACUACAGUGAGAAUUUAAAGGACCACUAUAGUGUCAGGAAAACAAAAUCGUUUUCCUGGCACUAUAGUGUUAAUAGGUCCCCACACCCUCAUGGCUCCCCUUGCCGGGCUGUAGGGGGAGGAAGGGGUUAAAGGCUUACCUUUCUCCAGCGCUGGGCUCCCCCGGUGCAGGGGACUCUCCUCCUCCUUCCGACAUCAUCGGCUGAAUGCACAUGCGCGGCAAGAGCUCUCAAUGCUUUCCUUUGGACGCUAGCGUCUUCUCACUGUGAUUUUUCACAGUGAGAAGCGCGUAAGCACCUUCUAGCGGCUGUCAAGACAGCCACUAGAGGCUAUAUUAACCCAUAUGUAAACAUAGCAGUUUCUUUGUGCGGUUUCUCUGAAACUGCUAUGUUUACAGCGGGCAGGGUUAACACUAGAUGGAGCUGGCACCCAGACCACUUCAUUAAGCUGAAGUGGUCUGGGUGCCUAUAAUGGUCCUUUAAAGUGAAUUUCAAAUUCAAGGGAAAAAUAGCUGAAACAUUAUCUAAGUCAGGUCUACUUUGAGUUCGGCUAACCUGGUCUCAAAUUUGAAAAUCACUUUAAAUUCACCUAGAAAUCUCACUUUGGCAAAUAACCCUGCUAAUUGUAUUUUUCACACCCUACUGUGUGUUAAAUAUGGGGAUAUAUUAAAUCCCUAUAAUAAUAUAUAAUGUUAAAAAAACCUGGGAAAUGACAAUCCCUCUUUAUCCCUGUUCUUUUUAAAAUGAAAACUUGUGUAGGUAUGUUUAUUUUAAGUUUGUAUGUGUUAUUCACUUCAUUUUUUUACUGCACCCUAUUCCAGUGAGUGUAUACUGUGCUCUGAUUGAAAAGGGAAUCUGCAUAGUGUUUGUGGUACCCUAGAGCAAAUAGAGGUUGUUAAUAAACCUUUUGAUGGCUUUAAUUAGAAAGUAGCCAGCACGCUGCCAUCUCUAGGAGAUGAUUAUUACUGCAAUGUCUGAUUAGCAGCUUAGACCCCCCCCCCCCACCCCCCCGGGUGCACCUUCAUAUCUCAAAUCCUUAAAAACACUUUAUCAUCCAUUAAAGAAUUAAUGGAUCCUAUUAGCAGCUCUUUAGCAUCUCAUUAGCAUGUUUCUGCUCUUAUCACAGUUGUGUGUGUUUGAUUUUCGCAAAUUAAGGUGAUGGUGUGUGCGGUUAAAGAGCCAGGAGAUGAUGCAAAUUUCACAGCCUGAAGAGGUGGCAGAUUGUAAGAGGGCACACAGGGUUUGUAUCCGUGAAAACUGGCAAAUUUGACGAAGAUUUAAUGAGCUGAAAAGUCUGGCUUCUUUUAUGUCUCAGACAUUUGCUGGCUUUUUCUAUUGCGUGUAAAAUCUCUAUGUAUUAUUCCUCAGAAACCCCUAUUAUGUAUGGCCUCCUUAAUAAUAUCCUGGACAGUCCUUGCUGGUAAACCAUUAUGCAUAACUGACAGAUAGUGGGAUCUAAGGCAAGCAGCAAGCACUGUUGAAUUCACACGACAGGGUUCAAAAUGCCUGGUUCAAAUCAUGAGAUAUUAUCCCUUUAAAAAAUAUCAAAAGAUCUCAGUUCUAGAGGAUGAACCUGUAGAUCAUUUUGGCGUCAACAAUUAUAGGCUCAACGCAAAGUUUUUAAGAUGUGCCUAGAUUUGAUGAUUCUCCAAAUACAAGAGUGAUUGAAGAUAAGGGAGGCAUGCUAUGAGACGAUUAAUAAUAAAACUACUUUCUUAGUCCAAUAGAAACCUAGGCAGACAUACUGUACAUUAAUUAUUUUUUGAUUAAUAUUUCCACUAGAAUUGCAGAUGUUUUGCCAUGGCUCAAUCAGCUUGCUUAUCAUUUGUCCCAUGCUUUAUGCUGCGCUCUUAAAACAUUAAAAACAUUUCAACAAAUAUCGAUAAACCCGUAUUGCCAAUAUUCCUUACGUGUUCUGCAGAUCUGAAUUCCUUCCACCAAACAUCAAAAUGGAUUGAUGAUGUCAGAACAGAAAGAGGAAGUGAUGUCAUUAUAAUGCUAGUUGGAAAUAAGACAGAUCUUGCAGAUAAAAGGUAAGAAUGCAUACACAGUUUUUGGUCAUUGUGUGGUUUCGUUUUUUUUUUUUCUACAUUGUUAAAUCUCUGUUAUAUAUUCAAUAUCCCUAUACUUUCUGUAUAUAAAUAUGAUUAUGUGAAACUUAGCUACACUGAAACAGACGUCAAUCAAUUGCAAUACUUUAGAUAUACAGGUGAUACUCGAAAAAUUAGAAUAUUGUGCAAAAGUUCAUUUAUUCCAGUAAUGCAACGUAAAAGGGGAAACUGAUUUAAAGUGCAAAGCGAGAUAGUUCAAGCCGUGAUUUGUCAUAAGUGCGAUGAUUAUGGCUUACAGCUCAUGAAAACCCCAAAUCCACAAUCUCAGUAAUUAGAAUAUUGUGAAAAGGUGCAAUAUUCUAGGCUCAUAGUGUCCAACUCUAAUCAGCUAAGUAAGCCAUAACACCUGCAAAGGGUUUCUGAGCCUUUAAAUAGUCUCUCAGUCUGGUUCAAUAGGAAUCACAAUCAUGGGGAAGACUGCUGACCUGACAAUUGUGCAGAAAAACAUAAUUGACACCCUCCAUAAGGAGGGAAAGCCUCAAAAGGUAAUUGCGAAGGAAGUUGGAUGUUCCCAAAGUGCUGUAUCAAAGAACAUUAAUAGAAAGUUAUGUGGAAGGGAAAAGUGUGGAAGAAAAAGGUGCACAAGCAGCAGGGAUGACCGCAGCCUGGAUGGGAUUGUCAGGAAAGGGCCAUUCAAAAGUGUUGGGGACUUUCACAAGGAGUGGACUGAGUCUGGAGUCAGUGCAUCAAGAGCCAGCACACACAGAUGGAUCCUGGACAUGGGCUUCAGAUGUCGUAUUUCUCUUGUCAAGCCGCUCCUGAACAACAAACAACGUCAGAAGCGUCUUACAUUGGCUAAAGAAAAACAGACCUGGUCAGUUGCUCAGUGGUCCAAAGUCGUCUUUUCUGGUGAGAGCAACUUUUGCAUCUUAUUUGGAAACCAAGGACCCAGAGUCUGGAGGAAGAAUGGGGAGGCACACACUGCAAGAUGCUUGAAGUCCAGUAUGAAGUUUCCAUAGCCUGUGUUGAUUUGGGGAGCCAUCUGCUGGUGUUGGUCCACUGUGCUUCAUUAAGUCCAGGGUCAACGCAGCCGUCUACCAGGAGAUUUUGGAGCACUUCAUGCUUCCUUCCGCAGACGAGUUUUAUGGGGGUGCUGACUUAAUUUUCCACCUGCCCACACUGCCAAAAGCACCAAAGCCUGGUUCAAUGACCGUGGGACUACUGUGCUUGAUUGGCCAGCAAACUCGCCUGACCUGAACCCCAUAGAGAAUCUAUGGGGCAUUGCCAAGAGAAAGAUGAGAUACAUGAGACCAAACAAUGCAGAAAUGCUGAAGGCUGCUAUUGAAGCAUCCUUCCAUAACACCUCAGCAGUGACACAGGCUGAUAGCUUCCAUGCCACGCCGCUUUGAGGCAGUAAUUGCUGCAAAAGGGGCCCAAACCAAGUACUGAGUCCAUAUGCAUGCUUAUACUUUUCAGAGCUCUGAUAUUGUUCUAUGUACACUCCUUGUUUUAUUGAUUGCAUGUAAUAUUCUAAUUUACUGAGAUUGUGGAUUUGGGGUUUUCAUGAGCUGUAAGCCAUAAUCAUCGCACUUACGACAAAUCACGGCUUGGACUAUCUUGCUUUGCAUGUAAUGCGUCUAUCUCAUAUAUUAGUUUCCCCUUUUACAUUGCAUUACUGAAAUAAAUUAACUUUUGAACGAUAUUUUUCGAGAAUCACCUAUAUGUAACUGUAUAGGUACAUCAAGGGAUUAGGUGAACUAAUUCUUAAAAUUUAAUUGCAUUAUGUUCCUGAAAUAAAAUAAUAUAUGAUAGCACAGAAAAAAGAUUACCAAGUGAAAACCAUGUGAAAAGUUUAAUAAGUAAUUUUACACACAAAAGGAGUAUUGUUCACUAAACUCCUAGAGUGAUAUAUUAGGGUGUCACAGGUACAGUAUUUUUCACACAAUCUAGUCUAUAUUCGGUACCAAACAGAAGGGUAUAAAAAGCCUAGCUAGUGCUCACAGUAAUCAAAGGAGGUCAACCAUCUCUGUUCUAUGUAUUCUAUUCUAUGAAUCCUACUGGUAAUACUACUGUGAGUUAUCUCAGCGUUAAGGUCUCAGCGUUAAGGUCUCAGGAUAGACUUGUACAUCAGUCUACUGCCAAAGUAGUACCCAAUCAGUCUUUCCAUACUGAAAUACUGAUUGCUUUUCUCUACAUUUGUUACCUGAACGGUGGACAUGCCUCAAGUUACCAGGGCUCUACCAUAAAACAUGUAUUGUGUGAAGUAGGACUUUCUUCAGGGUUUAUUUACAUAAUGACACACUGUGUCUCAGAGACCAGUCUGAUAUACAGGUACUCAGAGAUCUCAACACGGUAUUAAGUUUGAUAAUGUUACACCAGCAGAAGUGUGGUAUGAGUACAUACCAAACAGGUCCCCUUCCUCGGUUUAGAAUAAAAUCAACUAAAAAGGCUUUUUUUACGGUCCAAAAGAAUGUCCCACUGACAAUGAAGCAUGGAAGAGGCAUGGCUUCCUCUGGAGUCGGUCCAAUCCAGUGCUCCUCAUCCCAAUGUGCAUGCGUGGUGUGUGCGACUUGCAGUCACAUGGCAGUGUUUUACUUAAUUACCUGAGGAAGUGCCUCUAGUGGCUUUCAGCAUCACACCCAAAGGAGAUGUGUUUAACAUAGCAAUGUUCUCCAAAACUGCAAUAUUUUUUACAUUGCAGGGUUAAACAUGCAGGACCAAAGACUUUAGAGGACCUAAAGAGCAGGCCUAAACCUAAACCUGAUCUUAGUGGUUUUAGCCCCCUGCACCUGCUGACCUACAACAAGGACCAUCCUGCAUGUGCUCACCAAUCCAAGUUAAGAUGUUUGGGUAAAGACCCCAUAUUGCAUUUUACAUGAGUUAGCUUUUCUACAUGAUUCACUCCCAUACCUAAAUUGUCAGAAGAAAGGUUUCCAUGGGAAUAGAGAGAUUUUACUAUUAUUAUUAUUUAUAUAGCACCAGCAAAUUCCGUAGCACUGUACAAUGGGUGGACUAACAGACACGUCAUUGUAACCAGACAAAUGGAUGCACAGGAACAGAGGGGCAAAGAGCCCUGCUCAAUGAGCUUACAUGCUAGAGGGAGUGGAGUAUAGUGACACAAAGGGUAGUAGGAAGAAUGAAAUAGGCUGCUAGAAAAGUAAUCACUGAGAACUUAGUAGGUUAUUUUUGACAUUUGCAGGAGAGAAGUCUAUUGUAAGAUUAGACAUUAUUAUAAUUCACUUUUACUUCUACACAGCCUACAUACAUAAUUUAAUAGACUCUGUAUACAAGGGUAUCAUAUAUAGAAAUGCAGGGCCGGACUGGCCCACCGGGAUACCGGGAAAUUUCCCGGUGGGCCGCGGCAUCUGGGGGCUGCGCUGAGUAUGUAUGUGCCACCGGGUGGCCGGUCCGGUGGCACGCACUCUGAGGCGGCCGGUGGGCUGGCGGCUGCAUUCCACUCUGGAGCCGCCGGUCCAGCGGCACUCCUGUCACUGCUGUGGCUGAGGAGUGAAGGAGGAGGAGGGAGGAGCAUGUUUCUGUACCAUGCUUCCUCGCGGCUCCCACAAUCCCCAGCACAGGAACCGCGAGGGAGCAUGGUACAGAAACAUGCUCCUCCCUCCUCCUCCUUCACUCCUCAGCCACAGCAGUGACAGGAGUGCCGCCGGAUCGGCGGCUCCAGAGUGGAAUGCAGCCGGCCCCCCUAACUCCUGUCAGGUAAAUGGGAGGGGGAAGAUGGGAAUAAAGAGACACAAGGGGAGGGGGGAAAUAAAAUAGAGGGGGAAAGAGACAAAGGGGAGAGAGAGGGGGGAGAGACAGGGGGAAAGGGUGGGAGAAAGACGGGGAAAGGAUAGAGAGACACAAGGGGAGGGGGAUAAAGAGACAGGGGGAGAGGAUAGAGACACACAAGGGGAGGGGGAGAAAGAGACAGGCAAAGGAGAGACACACAAGGGGAGGGGGAGAAAGAGACACAGGGGGGGGAAAGAAGAGAGACACACAAGGGAGGGGGAGAAAGAGACAGAGGGGGGAAAGGAGAGGAGAUACACAGGGGAGGGGGAGAAAAGAGACAGGGGAAAGGAGACAGACGAAAAGGAGGGGGGAGAAAGAGGCAGAGGGGGGGAAAGGAGAGAGACACACAAGGGGAGGGGGAUAAAGAGGCAGAGGGGGAAAGGAGAGAGACACACAAGGGGAGGGGGAGAAAGAGGCAGAGGGGCAAAGGAGAGAGACACACAAGGGGAGGGGGAGAAAGAGGCAGAGGGGGAAAGGAGAGAGACACACAAGGGGAGGGGGAGAAAGAGGCAGAGGGGGAAAGGAGAGAGAAGCACAAGGGGAGGGGGAGAAAGAGGCAGAGAGGGAAAGGAGAGAGACGCACAAGGGGAGGGGGAGAAAGAGGCAGAGGGGGAAAGGAGAGAGACACACAAGGAGGGGGGAGAAAGAGGCAGAGGGGGAAAGGAGAGAAGCACAAGGGGAGGGGGGGAGAAAGAGGCAGAGGGAAAGGAGAGAGACACACAAGGGGAGGGGGAGAAAGAGCAGAGGGGGAAUAGAGGAGACUUUAAAGGAGAGGGGAGACAUAGACACAGAGGAGCAGUGAGGGGGAGAAAGAAACAUACAGAGUGACUGUGGGGAGACAAAAAAGGCACACAGAUGGGCUGGAGAUAAAGAGACACACAUAGGGGCUGUAUAUAUCACUGGUGGAUCUGGGGGGAGGCAACAGGGCAAUUCCCCCCACCCAUGAGGCUCUGCCAGCCGAUCUCCCUCCCCGUUCCACAGGCACCGUGCGGCACACACUGCCCCCCAUACACACACUGCCCCCACACACACCAUACAUAUUCACACACUGCCCCCCAUACAUACACAGCCCCCCCCACACACAUUUCUGCACACACACACACACACACAUACACAGCCCCCCCAUACACACAUUGCCCCACACACCCUACACAUUCACACACUACACCCCCCUCACACACAUACACUGAACCUUUCACACACACUGCCACCCCUCACACAUUGCACCACUGCUCCUAUACCCUACUACAGCCCCAUAUCCCAGCAGACCCCAGAUAAGUUGUCAAACUGUUCUUAAACGGUUUGACUACUUACUCUGGGAGGGGGUCCCGGCACUCCUUGCACCAUAACCACUACACAGAGUAGUAGUGGUUAUUGUGCAUGGAUUAUUUCUUUAAAUAAUCUACAAGUGCCCCUCCCGGGAUCAGGCUCUGCAUCCACCACUGGUAUAUGACAUGUAUAUUAAUGUGUAUUAGUUUUAUUUAUAUAUAUAUACAUAUAUAUACCUAUUAUAUUUACACAUAUUAAUGUACAUUUAUAUAUGCAUAAUACACAGAUAAAUGUCAUUAAUAUGUACUAUAUGCAAUGAGCAGAUAUUGGCCCAGUCUUGUUACUAGAUGCAGACUCCAUCACAAUAACAUAUUUAAAAGUGAAGAGCGCACCCACAGGACUUCAAAAUAAACAAGAUAAUGUCAUUUUUUUACAGUUGUGCCCUAUAUACAUUCACCAUUUCAGUCCCAUUAACAAGCUUUCCUUAAUAUGUCAAGGCAGUUGGACUGAAACAUUGAUUACAUGCAAAGGCACGUCUGCUUAAAAUAAAUCUGCACUUUUGUUUAUUUUGGAGCCUAUGAGUGCUUUUUGUUUACGUUGGAGUAAUAAUUUUUAAUUUUAAGUUCUCUUUUCUAACUCUGUAUCUGCACACUAUGCUGGCGCGACGCAUUAUGGGGCUGGUAAAUAUUUUUUUUCCAGGGCUGCUUUUAAUUCCCAGUGCGGCCCUGUAGAAAGGUAUCUCUAUUUAAUCCCAAUUGCUGGCACAUCUCUCCCAACAUUGUUUUCUUCAAGAAAUGCUAUCUGUUUUAAGACUCAUCUUGUUUAAUGUGCUGAUCACCUUUUAUUACUCAUCUAGCGCUAUCACAUUAAUGGGGGAUUGCAAUUUUUGUGUGUACCAAUAAAUGUAUGGGAAUCAUUUUAUGCAGGUUAUUAGCUUGUCAUAUGUAAGGUACUUGUUCAAUAUGACCUAAGUCCUACAUGUACUGAAGAUUCCACAGCACAUCAUUUAGUUUGUAUUCUACUGUACAACAGAGUAAGUCAAAGGCUCUGUUAUUUUUUUGUGCUCUGAUAAAAAACUAAAUUACAUAAAAUAUAGUUACUAACUCAACAACGAAUUAUACACGUAUAUGUAUAAAGGUGUAUAUUAUGUAAAAUAGAUUGUCAUGUAGUGACCAGACUAAUCUCCAUGGAUUCUGAUCAUUUAGUGAAUUAAAGGCUUCAAAUUAGUUUCCAAUAUGAAGUUAGUUUCCAAUAUGUGACUGUGUGAGCUUAACUAUAAUCCACAUGCCGAAUGGUUUGACCAUGUGAAUCCCCAAAUUGCCAGGAAAUAAGCAGAGAUUGAACAUAAGGCCAAAAUAGCAGAUCUAGCAUACUUCCAAGUUUGUUAUUUUUCCAAAGAACAAAUGCAAAUAUGGAUUUCAGCGUUAAGUAAAUAAUCCCCUUAAAAGUAAAAAAGGUGCAUACAUAUGCAAAAAUGGAAAAAUCAUACAGAAAAAAAGUGUCCAGAAUGUAUAAUACCGUAACAAAGUCCUGCAACAACAAAAAAAGUCCAAAUAACGUUGUGAUAUGUAGAGAUUCAAAAGCAUGUAGAAAUACCUUAGAAAAAAAGAAACAGAAAAAGAUACAUAGCGUGAUACUGUAUCAAAAAUUUAUUGCCCAACAUAAAAAUGAGAAAAAUCCCCCCCAACUUCAAAACUCUUACAUUAGAUAAAACGUGAUACUCAUCAUAGUAGAUUUUGCCGAAAAAGUUCUUUCAAAGCCACUCGUAUUCUUUCCUUAGAGACAGCUGCUCUCUGGUGCACUCAGGAGGGCUGCCCGUGAUGUAGUCUAUGGAGUAACGCUGGCUGAAAGUCCGGCUUCUGUCGAGUACUUCUAAAGUCUGCCACUGGUAGAUCUGGCAGAUAGACAAUUGUAGCACCCUAUCAACGCGUUUCGCCCUACUAACGAGGGCUUUUUCAAGAUAGGUGCUCGGAACAUUAUUCGGCAGUUUUAUACCUUGCCGGGUAAAACCAAUUCAAAUCUCUUAAGGGUAUACACCCUUCUUAAAACACAUAUUAAAAAGAACAACGGUUCAUAUGAACAGGGGCAAGUUACUUCCCCAUAGUUCUUCUAAAAUCAAUGUAUAAAACACAAUAUUGAUCAAAUACAAUUUAUGCUUAAAUUUAAAUUGCUAAUUCUAUACACAAAUCCUAAACAUAAAGCAAUCACUGCAAUAGUGAUUGCUAUAAACAUGCAAAUACAUCAGACUCUUGGAUGUCAAUAUUUUAACUCAUAUAACAUCAUAGGUAUUAUUUAGCCAAUGAUGUGAAAAUAAUAAUUAAAUCUUAACAAAUAACCACAGAGUAUAUAAAUUUAUCAGAAGUGUAUCUAUCUAAUAAGAAACCUAAUAACAAGUAGUGCCCCCAGGACUGUGAAAAGGAGAAAGUGCUAACUUUUAGGGACUUGUAGCAUACAAAACCAUGUCUAGUACAUAAAAUAGUAGAUUCAUAAAAAUAUGAUGAUUAGUAUUAUUGUAUUCUAUAAGCUCCCAACAUAUAGAAUCGAAACUUGUAUACUUGGUAAAAUAUAUGUAUAUAAAAUAUAUAUGAAAUAUAUUUAUAUCAGUGCAUGUAGCUAUAAAGCAAUAUAGAACUAGGAUUCCCAACUUCUUGGGAAUAUAAGUUCCCACCUAGAUCAGAACUCUAGAGAAAUAAUACAAUAGAUUGAAUAUUUAAUGAUAGUUCUAAUCCUAUACUAUAAUAUGUUGGCUAAUUCCAGCUCUGCAUUGAGACCCGAGGGAAUCAGGGUCCUAAGUGUAUAGAUCCAAAACAUCUCUCGGUAUGUUAGGGUUUUGCUCAACUCCCCUCCUCUCCAUGGUAUUUCUACCCUUUCUAUACCACAAUAUGAGAGAAGUGUUGGGUCUCCAUUGUGGUGUAUUCUAAAGUGAUUGGAGAGGGAGUGUUUCUCAAAACCCCUUUUAAUGUUGUAAACGUGUUCUCUGAGUCUAAUCUUAAGUGUUCUUUUGGUUUGACCCACGUAUUGGAGGCCACAAGGGCACUCCAACUUGUAGAUGACUUGUUUGGUAUUACACGCUAUACAAUUCUUGAUGUCAAACGUUUCUUUUGUGACCGAGGACUGAAAGGUGGAAUAGUUUUUCCCUCUGGAGCUUAGUUUGCAUAUAUUGCAAUUUCCACAUUUGUAAAAUCCUUUUUGACCAGUCAAAAAAUGAUUAGGUCUUAUAGACUUGUUAUAGCUGUGUACCAGUUUAUCUUGUAGUGUUGGUGCCCCCCUAAAAAUUACCAUUGGUUGUAUAGGCAAAAGUGUAGCCAAAACCGGGUCCUGCCGAAGUAGGUGCCAGUGUUUUUGUAUGCUUGUUUUAAUGCAUUUUGCUUGUGUGCUAUAAUUAAACACUAGAGGGCACAAGUUAUCUGUGUCUUUAUCUGUUUUGGCUUUCUUUUGUUUGGUUUGUGAAAGGGUUGCACGUUCUAUAUUUUUCACUUUCUGGAGAGCUAUCUCCAGUGUUUCCUCAUUAUAAUCCUUCUCCAUAAACUGUUGCUUAACCUUUUGUGAUUGAAGUUCAUACGUCUCUGGAUCUGUGCAGUUUUUUUUAACCCUUAAAAAUUGACCAAAUGGGACGCUCGAUAGCCAUGUUGGAUAGUGGCAACUCGAGGUCCAAAUGUAGCUAUUGACGUCUACACUUUUAAAAAAAGUCUUGGAUUUUAAAGUAUGUUGUGAAUCAAUAUAGAGAACCAAAUCUAGGAAAUCUAUCUCUGUGGAACUGUACUUGUGUGUAAAAGAUAAAUUAUAUGUAUUAUUGUUAAUAUAUGCUAGAAAUUCUAUGAGGUCUGCUUCCUUGCCCUUCCACACAAAAAAACAAUCAUCGAUGUAUCGUCUAUAGAAGACCAGGUUCGCUCCCCACUCAUGUCCUUGCCAAACGAAUAGAUUUUCCCAAUAAGCCAUAAAAAUGUUGGCGUAGCUGGGAGCGAACCUGGUCCCCAUAGCAGUGCCAUUGGUCUGUAGAUAUAUAUCACUACCAUACCAAAAAAAAUUGUUGUUCAAUAUGAAGUCGAUACAUUCAAUUAAAAAUUCUACUUGUUCCACUAACAUGGUAGGUUCCUCAUACAGAAUUUUUCUUAUUGCUUCUAGUCCCAAUUCGUGUUUAAUCACAGUUUUGUAUGCUACAAGUCCCUAAAAGUUAGCACUUUCUCCUUUUCACAGUCCUGGGGGCACUACUUGUUAUUAGGUUUCUUAUUAGAUAGAUACACUUCUGAUAAAUUUAUAUACUCUGUGGUUAUUUGUUAAGAUUUAAUUAUUAUUUUCACAUCAUUGGCUAAAUAAUACCUAUGAUGUUAUAUGAGUUAAAAUAUUGACAUCCAAGAGUCUGAUGUAUUUGCAUGUUUAUAGCAAUCACUAUUGCAGUGAUUGCUUUAUGUUUAGGAUUUGUGUAUAGAAUUAGCAAUUUAAAUUUAAGCAUAAAUUGUAUUUGAUCAAUAUUGUGUUUUAUACAUUGAUUUUAGAAGAACUAUGGGGAAGUAACUUGCCCCUGUUCAUAUGAACCGUUGUUCUUUUUAAUAUGUGUUUUAAGAAGGGUGUAUACCCUUAAGAGAUUUGAAUUGGUUUUACCCGGCAAGGUAUAAAACUGCCGAAUAAUGUUCCGAGCACCUAUCUUGAAAAAGCCCUCGUUAGUAGGGCGAAACGCGUUGAUAGGGUGCUACAAUUGUCUAUCUGCCAGAUCUACCAGUGGCAGACUUUAGAAGUACUCGACAGAAGCCGGACUUUCAGCCAGCGUUACUCAAUAGACUACAUCACGGGCAGCCCUCCUGAGUGCACCAGAGAGCAGCUGUCUCUAAGGAAAGAAUACGAGUGGCUUUGAAAGAACUUUUUCGGCAAAAUCUACUAUGAUGAGUAUCACGUUUUAUCUAAUGUAAGAGUUUUGAAGUUGGGGGGGAUUUUUCUCAUUUUUAUGUUGGGCAAUAAAUUUUUGAUACAGUAUCACGCUAUGUAUCUUUUUCUGUUUCUUUUUUUCUAAGGUAUUUCUACAUGCUUUUGAAUCUCUACAUAUCACAACGUUAUUUGGACUUUUUUUUUGUUGCAGGACUUUGUUACGGUAUUAUACAUUCUGGACACUUUUUUUCUGUAUGAUUUUUCCAUUUUUGCAUAUGUAUGCACCUUUUUUACUUUUAAGGGGAUUAUUUACUUAGCGCUGAAAUCCAUAUUUGCAUUUGUUCUUUGGAAUUGGGAAAAUUCUUUUUGUUUUAGUAGCUAUUACUGUUUGAGUACAUUGGGUACUAUUUUUAUUGUUUUAUUUAGACCAUAUAUAGACUAUUACGCAAGUCUUUUAUUUGUAAUACAUGCGCUCUCUUUUUGAUUGUUAUUUUUCCAGCCUGGCUGCGAAGGAUGCAAUUUGCAAUCCCCUUCUAAAUUCCUGCUUCAGUGAAUAAACAUGAGUGUCAUUAUUAUUAUUAUUAUUAUGAUAUUUAUAGAGCACCGUCAAAUUCCGCAGCGCUUUACAAUGGGUGGACGAACAGACAUGUAGAUGUAACCAGACAAGUUGGACUCACAGGAACAGAGGGGUUGAGGACCCUGCUCAAUGAGCUUACAUGCUAGAGGGAGUGGGGUAAAAUGACACAAAAAGGUAGGGAUAGUAUUAGACUAGUGACAGUUGCAGAAGAGGAAUCAGUCGGGAGCUGUUAACAGUUUAAUUGGUCAUGUGGAGGAGAACUCUUGAAAUUCCUUGCAGUUCAAUGAGUAUCUAGAAGGAUUUCAGGAGAUAUAUUAUUAAAGAAACACUAUAGUGUUAGACUACUUAUUUAAGCUCCCGGCCCCCAUAAGGUCACAGUAAAGGUUUUACUUAGCUUUUCUCCAUCGCUGUGCCAGUCUCGCCCCACCUGACUCCACCUUCAUGGCUGAGAUCAUCAAUCUUGAUGAUUUCAGCCAAUCCAAUGCUUUCCCCACUGAGUGAAUUGUUGCAUCUCUAUGGGGAGCAUUCAGUGUCUCCAUGCAGAGCAUGGAGAUUCUGAAUGUAGGUUGCAGCACACUGUGCAGCACUGAGAUAGGACGCAUCACUUUUGGCCAUCUGAGUGACCUUGAGAUGAAAAUCAGUGUUUACAUUGCUGAGUCUGCAGGGACAUGCUAUAGACACCAGAACCACUACAUUAAGCUGUAGUGAUACUGGUGACCAUAGUGUCCCUUUAAGUACAAAUUCUGCAGCUAACAUUUAACUUUACUUAAAAACAUGGAAACCAAUGUAAAUUAUGUAGCAGGAUAGAUUUUUACUCCACAUUCUGUUCCUGUAUCCUAUUAUCUGCAUUAUAACUUGUGUAUAUAGAUAGAGCAACAGUGCAACAGGAGCUGGUUACUCAACAAGUUUUGGCAUUUCAAACCCAUGUACUCUUCAUAUCUUUAUUUUAGGCAGAUCACUAUAGAGGAGGGAGAACAAAGAGCAAAGGAACUGAGUGUCAUGUUUAUUGAAACCAGCGCCAAAACCGGAUACAAUGUUAAACAGGUGAGACUUCAAUCUGCGAGAAUGUACGGUAUGUGAACGAAGGUAGGAUAGGUAGCAGUCCUAGUACCCACUAUUGUGUCAUUAACCAAUUUACUUAAUUAAACCAAUAUUAACAUUAUUGUUAUUAGUUUAUAUUAUUGUUAUUAUUAUUAAUUAAUAUUAUAUUAUUACUAUUACAUUAUUUUUAUUAGUUUACCAUAGCUCAGGCUGGCUACUCCUGACCUAUAUGUACUUCCCCAGGUUUAUGAUAUUUAGGCAGGCUGUGCCAAAACAAAUGCUUCUAAAGAUCGUGAAGAGGCAAUUAAAUGUCCAGUCAGAAGAGCAGAACGCUGCAAACUUAUGAGUGGACUUAAUUCAGUGGAUUCCACCUGCAGUAUCUCAGAGUGACAUUUUCCUUUUCUGGAAAGGCUUGACUAGACUCGACUCUUUUAUCCUUACAAGGUUGAUAAAAUAUUGAUAGAUACAUUACUGGGCACAUAUUAUGUAAAGCUAGACUUACCUAUCAGAGCACUGUGAUUGGUUGGCUUCAUCUCAGCUUGACCUUUCAUAGUCAAAAGGAUCAUAACAUUUCAAUAUACGCAUUUCUGGGCAAGUUUCACAUGAAGCUGGAUUUGCCCAUCAGAUAACUGAUUGGUUGGAUUCUAAUCACAGUACCCUAACUGAAUAUUGAAGUGGGAUAGACCUAUGUGAAGUUUUUAUACUUACAGCGUUCUCUACUACAAGCUACUGUCGCAUAGUCUCUAAUAUUAUAUAUUUAUAAGUUUUAUUUUCAUUUUUAGUAUCACAAGGGAGAGCAGCAUCUCAUUAUGGGUAGUGUGGGAUCUCUAGCCUAGAAAGACCACGUACUUGGUCUCACUAUGGAUAGCAUUUACACCACAAUGAGAUUUUUUUCAGACAGAUGACUCAGAUGGACUCAGAUCCAGAGUAAAGGUUUAAUCAGGCAACAAAUUAGCAAGAUUCUGUACUUAUCAGGAUAUAUGUAUUAUAUAUGUAAUGCCACAUAUUUAUUCCCAUGAUGCAACCCAAUAGACACUUGCAAUUCGUUUCGCUCCGAAUUUAAAAAAUUCGGAUGCUUCUGAAUGUCCGAAUUUCGAAAGUGCCGAAUUUCUGAAGUGAUGAAUUUUGGAAGUGCCGAACCGAACUGCCGAAGUGACGAAAUUCUGAAUUUCCGAAUUUCAGAAGUGCCGAACCGAAUUGCCGAAUUUUGGAAGUGCCGAAGUGCUUUGGAUUUCUGAAAAAUGGCAAAACAGGAGAAGGAGGGAAAAUUAAGGAAAUGAUGAAAGGAAUCUAACCCCUACCCGUAACCCUACCUCUUACCCCAACGUUCCUCUAACCCUAACCCUAUCCCAACCCCUAACCCUACCCCUUGUGUGUUAGGGGUAGGGUUAGGGAAUUGCCGAAGUGCUGAAUUCCUGAAGUGCCAAAUUUCCGAAUUGCCAAAAUCCCAAAUUUCGGAAGUGCAUAACCGAACCAAAGUGCCGAAUUACCUAAGUCAAGUGCCAAACCGAAACGAAGUGCCAAAUUGUCGACGUCCCGAAUUGCCUAAGUCCCAAAUUUCGGAAGUGCCGAACUGAAUUUGUUGCCCAUGCACAUCCCUACAACCCAACAGAUAUACUCUAGGUGACAUUCCUACACCUAAAUAAUCUAACAUAGAGGAUAACUUAAUUUUCACUGAAUAACAUACCUCACAGUGAGGCAGCCCAGCAUUACCUUAUGAUCACACUGGAUUUCAAUCACAGAAAUUACAAGCAUUAGCUGUCCGUUAAGUCAUGUCAGUAUUGCGACUGGCUCCCAGGGUGAUUAGGCAAAUUGACCAAUUUACUAAACACAAAAAAGUAAUUGUUAGUGUUAGUGUUAGAAAUGGUUAUUGCUAAGAUUGGCAUGAGUGUUAGUGUUAGUGUUAGUUAGGGUAAAGAUAUGGUUAAGAUGAGGUUUAGUUUGUGUUUGCAAAGGUUGACUAGGGACGAUUUAUAAAACAGUGUACUAUUAGUUAGGAUUACUAUGGUUUAGAUGAGGUUAAUGGAGGUUUAGAUAUAGUUUCAGAGUAUGAUGCUGGUCAGUAUGAUGACACUGAUAGUAUACCUAUACCAAAUACCAUCUCUGGGAAACAAGCAAAACAGUAUGUCAAUAUUAGGGAACAUCUUUAAUUUAACCCUAUAAAUUCCCCCAGCAACUGACAUAGGUAGACAUGUGGGGUAUUGCUGUAUUUGGGAGAUAAAUCAAAAUACAAACAUAUGGUCUUUGAACUUGAAAUCCACUUCUAAAAUUCUGUAUUUGUGUAAAAAGAAUAACAUUUAUUGCAAAAUGUGUUAUGACACUGCCUGAUGAAAAGACUCAAAAUGCCCAUAUUAAACAGCUUUUUUUUUAUUUUGCAAAUGGCAUGCCAUGAUGGGGGUAGGUGAGGUUGGGGGCUGUUAUUUUCUCCUAAAAGUGACAUGAUCUCAGUAAAACAACAAGUAAAAAUGUGAAAAUUGAAAUUGAUAUGUUUGUAAUUUGCCCCUGUAAGUCGUCAGAAAUCUUGCUUUAUACCGCAUCAGUAACAGAAUGCAAAUCUGGGGUCUUUACAAAAGUUAACCCUGACAAUAAAACAUUUUGUGAUAAAAUGGUUAAAUGAAAACUAUCAAAAUGCUCUUAGUUAAAUACCCUGAUGGAUAUUAAAAGCGUUACACCAAGCAGCCUGAUGUUGUAGUUAUGAAGGUAGGGGUAUCAUGGACCAGUUCCCUGGUAAUGACUGGGGCAAACUGUUUAGUAAUGAUUUAUAUCUCCUAUAUCUGGUGGAUGCACUUCCAGUUCUGCAACGUUAGUGUCAGGAAUACAUGUUUAUAUUCCUGGCACUAUAGUGUUCUUUUACACUCUGUAGCAUGCAGACUAUAGACAUAGUGACCACUUUACAUCACUAGUAGUCAUGUUACUUGGAGUAAUAGUCUCAGUGCACCAAAUUUGGCAAAGGUUUAAUGUUAAAACAAGAAUUCCCUCCUUGCAAUAUUUGUCCUAUAACUUCCAAAAUUUUAAUUGAAAUCCUAGACACAGUUGGUACUAAUAAGCAAAUUUAUUUUGAGGUUUUUUUUUUUUUUGCGUUGAAUUGGUUACCUAGAAGUUAUUAUGUGCAAUGAUGUGAAUUUAAAAUAAAAUCAUUGCAUAGUGUUGUGUUUAGUAUACAUUUCAAAAGAAAGUGUGUGGAUGCACUUAAAGGGAAAGUAUUAAAUUAUAGUGAAACGAAAACAUAACAAAAGUGCCAGUUAAGCUUUGGCCACAAGUGCACAAUAUCUCGGUAAACCACCAGUCAUGGAAGGGGUGCUGGCAAUCUUAGGGAAAAUACUAGUGCAUAUAGUGAUCUAUAAAAUGUAGCACUUCGAAUUUUUUUAAAAAGUAAAUCCCAUUUCUAAAGUUAAAUCAGUCUUUUUUUACCACAGUAAUUAUUUUAUUAUUUUAUACAUGCAUGGAGAUUUUUUUUUCUGGAUUUGACUAAUGAGCUACAAGAAUAAGAAUUCUGUAAAGAGACCAUUAUUACAGUUAUGCUACAAAAAUUGCAAACCAUAACAAGAUACAAUACAUUUAAAUAGAAUAAUAAAAUAGACGCAGUAAUGUCCAUUUUAAAACUGUCUUAAUUAUACAAUAUGGUAACCAAUAGUAAAAAACAAAUGUCCCUCCAUUAAUGUAAGCAUGGGUUAUGUAGGUUUAUGUAGAUCCAUUUAUCAGGGAAAUCACAUCCAUUUGCUGUAAUACAUGUUCUUCUAUCUAUUCAGCUGUUUCGUAGAGUGGCCUCUGCCCUGCCUGGUAUGGAGUGCGCCGAAGAGAAAAGCAAGGAUGGAAGUAUCCUUUUUAAUGCAACAUCUGGGUAAGAUAAUGGAUUGCUGUGACACACAGCUUGCAAAGACAUACAAAAAUCUCCUGUGGAAUACACUGAAGGGAUACAGAAAGGGUCUCUAGGUGGUGUGGAACUAGAGUUCCGAUGAUGCAAUGGCACUAGAUAGAUAUAUUAAAAAGGCCACACUCUCCUGAACCUGGACAUGUCACAAGGGUGCUGUUGGGACUAGUUGAUACAAUAUACAAAACUAAAAUAGCUUUAAUACUUAUGACAUGUAUAAAAUCACCUAUCUAGAUAAAAUAAUGAGGAUUUUGUGCCUGCCAAUCCCUGCAUUUAGCAUUCACUGGCUACAUCUUUCUGUGGAACAGCUAAUAUCUUAACGUACUGCCAUUGUAACCUGCUUUUCUUUAAAAGGGUAACGAGGGUGCAACCCAGUUCGUGCACCCUGUCUGCUCUUAGUGUGACACACUCUGCAUUACACACUGGUCUGUCAUCCAAUACUGCAGGUAGGUGCUCUUUGGGAGGUCGGAUAUAAGGAGUGAAUUAAAAUGUGCUAUUUUGUUUGAUAUUGAUGUAAAGGUUUCUGUUUAUACAGAAGCAGAAUGGGGCCAUUGAUCUCUGACAGGGAUUCAGUUUGCAGGAGCUAUUUGUGUACAGGGUUAUAUCAGGGUUGUUCGCUAAAGUGAGAAUUCAAAGUAAAUUCAAUGUUAAAGGAACACUAUAGUGUCAUAAACUCAAACAUGUAUUCCUGACCCAAGAGUGUUAAAACCACCAUGUAACCCCCCUAAAUAUAGUAAAAUCAUACUUUUAUUAAGUCUGCAGCUGCUGCCUCUUCCCCUGAUCUUUCUGCUUGCUUGACAUCAUCAGAAGUAGUGUUCUGAGCCAAUCAAAAUGCUUUCCCAUAGGAUUGGCUAAGACUGUCAAUCAGGCAGAUCAGGGGCAGAGCCAGCACAAGUCAAACCUAGCCCUGAACAAUCAACAACUCCUCAUAGAUAUGCAUUGAAUCAAUGCAUCUCUAUAAGAAACGUUCAGUUUCUCUAUGCAGAGGGUGGAGACACUGAAUGGCAGUGCUAAACAGUGUGCAGCAUUGCCCCAGUAGCCAUCUGAGGAGUGGCCACUGGACUUAACACUAGGCUUGGCUGUAAUGUAAACACUGCAUUUUCUCUGAAAACACAGUGUUUACUGCAAAGAGCCUGAAGGGAAUGCUUGUACUCACCAGAACAAAAACAAUAAGCUGUAGUUGUGCUGGUUACUAUAGUGUCCCUUUAAUUUCAAAUUUAAGAACAAUGUAGCCCAAUUGGAAGCAUAAUUAGCAGAGAAUAUUUCCAGUUUGGCUAUUUUAAUUUUGAAGUUGAAAUUCACUUUGUUUUCACUUUGAAUCCUCACUUUAGUGCAUAACCCUGUUUUUCUUUAAUUUCUCCAGAAGUGCCAUACAUUGACCACGAUAAAGAGAAUCAUUGCUUCUCUCUUCUCUCUCAGAUAGCUUCCAAAAAGAAGCUGAUUAAGCCCUGAAUUUCUUCAGCACCAUGUUUCGGUAAUAAACUUGGACAAGUCACAUCUUGCGUUCUUAAAAAGGAUUGUUUCUUGGCAUUGAGGUGGAUUCAACAGAAUUAAAGAUUUGUUAUUUCCCUUUAAAGAAAAUAUUAAUUUUUUUCUUUUUCAGCAUUGAAGGAACCCCCACUUAAUUAAUUAGGCAAGCCAUGACCAUCCUAAGGAUUCUUAUAGCUUCCAUACCAGCAGUCAGGUGGGCCAAGUCAAGAAUGACACCCAUUCAAGUAAAAAUUCUCAAAGCUCAGAACAGAACAGAUCACCUAGAAAUUCUCAAAGCUUGGCAAUGAAUAGAAGAUCACUUAGACAUAACAAUUAGGUGUUUUUUUAACCAAAAUGAUGCGUAAGGUAUUUUGGUGGAUCACAUCAAAGUUUCUAAAGGAAGGUAUUUCUUUUUACCCUUCAAGAUGAACAACCAUAACACUUCAGGCACAGAAUGGAUAGCUCAGAUGUAGUCUCUUCAAAAGCAAGGUUCAUGGUCAUGACGAAAAUAUCUCUUGUCAAAUUAUAGAGAACCAAAGGCAACUUUCAAAGCUCUAGUGGUUUUUCAAGAACAGAUUUGGGAGCACUCUAUCUAGAUAUAAUCAGACAAAUGCACAGUGGUGGCUUAUUUAGAUAGAGUCACAACAAUCCAUUCUAAACCUCAAAGAUCAUGAACUGGGCUGAAAAUCAUUUGUAUAUAUAGAAGGCAUAGACCAGUGAUGGCUAAUCUUGACAUCAUAAAUUGUUUCUGGACUACAUCUCCUAUGAUGUAGCUGAGCAUCAUGGUAAAUGUAGUCCAGAAACAAUUAAUGGUGUCAAGGUUAGCCAUCACUGGCAUAGACAGUAUGCUAGCGGAUGUUUAAUCAGGACACGAUGGCAGUAUGAGUGAGAGCCUCAUAACUUUCAAGAAAUUGGUAGAGAAAUUUGGAUAUCUGAAUUAUCAAUCUUAUGGCAAGAGGAAUAGAAAGUUACAAAGUUUUUAAGAGGGAUUGCCAAGAUUAUUUUAGACUGUCAGAAGUGAGUAAUAUCUUGCUAUGACCAACAAGGAAGUUUGUUAUUAAGAAUUUACCCCAAGAUGUGGAACACAUUUUAUUCAUGGUUCUUGGUAAAAUAAUUGGGUCCAUCGUCUCCAUUCACUGCACACAUUAUAAAAUCUUUACAGUUAGGAUUUAGUCCAUCAAAUCUGAAGAGCCAAUUCUUGGACCAUUGUCACUUUUAUUUAGCAGAUUUCUCGGCUAACACCCUAAUACACAUAUGUUUUUAAUGCUAUAUAUGCAGGUUUGUCCUAUGAGAAGGAAUCAAGUUCCUGCAUGGGAUAUGAAUCUGGUCAUCGAUGAUAUGUGUGAGCAUCUCUUCAAAACUUCUAAUUGUUCUCUGCAGAUUUUGUCUCUGAAAGCACAUUUUCUAGCACCAUUAACAAAACAAUUAGAGAACUGCAGGUCUCAUCGGUCUCUUCACCUUACACAAUUUUCCAUGGAAAUAAUGGUGGUACUACAAAUGAAACACCUUUUUGCCCAAAAGUUUAAAAGCAGUCUAUGAUUAAUCAAGAAAGAUUACUACAUACUUUUUGCAAAAAUUCACCUUCACUAAAAAAAGUAACUUUCUGUAGCCUGGAUAUGAAAAUAAUUCCGAGCCACUAUUUAGCUGUUAUUGCACAAUUUAAUCAGCUUUGUUUGCAAUUCAAGCAAGCAAGGAGGGUAUACAGUGCAAUAUGUCAAAUAGUACUCUGGACAAGAAAGACAUCACAUUUUUUUUUUUGUAGUAAAAAAAACAAGUUAAUCGGACUUGUCUACAUCUGAGCAAGCGAGAUAGUAGGCAGGAGUAGAUAGACCUGUAUGCAAGACUCAAGAAGAAGUUAAGUAAGAACAAAAAGCAUGGUAUAAGAUGAAUGAAAUAAAUAUAAUAAAAAGAUUGUGGUAUAGAAUUCUAAGAGUAAUAUAUGAGCUCUAAUGCCACUUUUAUGUCCAUAUACAACAUACAUUUUUAUUACAGUAAAUUUUCCUAGCAAUACAACUUCCCUCGCUAUUUAACUAACCGUACACUUUGUCUUGAUGUGUUUUGUCUUGUAUAUUACUUGGGUACGGAUGUAGUAGACCAUGUUUUAUACCUGCAGAGAGGAGGGACUUAAUAUUCUAACCAUCUUAAAUUUAAUAGGAAGGCAAUUACCCACGUGUGUUCUGCCUGUAGUGCAGAAUUCAAGGUAAAUAAUCACAUUGAUUUCCUCAACCUGCUGCACUUUUUGAACAUAAAUUAUGUUUUAUCUUGACAUAUAUGGUAUUCGAGACCCUCUUCGAUGAUAAAAUAUUAAUCUUGCACAAUGUUGUCAUGUUCUAAUGCUAAUACAGGGCAUUCCUAGUGAAAUUUUGCAGUUUUGUAAAAAAAAAAAAAAAAAAAAUCCUUAACUUUUUGUCUCAGUGAUUGACAUUAAACUUGACAAACCCCAAGAACCUCAAGUGGCGGAUGCCGGGUGUUCUUGCUAAUCAGAAAUGGAAGAUGGAUCAUCUGCCCUAGGCCAUGUGCUCAGCCCAAGAUGCUUCCUAUUGGUUAGCCUGGAAAAACAAACAUUCAGAAACCACAUCUAGAGAUUGUCAAGACCCUCCACUGCUCCUGAUGAUGACCGCUUCCCUUGUUUGUGUUCUUUUUGAUUUGCCUCAAGUCUUGUUGCCGAACCCUUUCUCUCCCUCUGUUGAUCAAUGCACUUCAACGCCACUUUAUGUCCUUUAUUUAUACCUCCCCGUGCUCACAUACACAGUCAUUUCUGCAUUCACCUUACUCAUUAGAAUUACACAAAUAAUCUUUGAAACAUAAAGCACAUCACACCUUCACUACUUUGUCAUCCACAGUCUAGACGCUAGAGAACUAUUCACGAUUGAUUGUAAAAUAUUUAAGAUAAUAUGCUCAUAAACUUCUCUAAAUUGAGACAUGAGGUAGAUAUACAUAUUUUAAAUCCAUUAUAUAAGAAAUGCUCUCUACAUGUCAUUCAUUUCUUCUAUAAAAACACAACCAUACCGCAUCAGACCUCUCUCCCUUCCCUUCAGAAGUCAAUGAAAAAUCUGCCUUUGAACGCGGUUAUUAACAUAUUUUGUUUCUCACUGUUUUGUUGUAAUAUAUAAUAAUUGUACUUUAUUAAAAUUGCCAAAAACUAUUAAGUGACAUGACAUUUUGUGUAUGGCACUGUGGUGUUUCAGGACGCAUGAUUAAAGACUGGGGAUGAUGUAUGUAAAAGCAUACAGGGUGCUCUAAAGCAAGGAUGCACAAACGUUGGCUCUGCAGCUGAUAAAUGGUAAAUCCUAUCACUUAUCUGACACGUGAUGGGAGCUGUAGUCCAGCAUUGAAGCUCCAUCGUUUGUCCACACCUUGCUUUAAUAAGAUAUACUUUAUAGGUUGCAUUAAUAAUUUAAUUAUAUAGCAUUAAGUUUACAUAAUAACUAAAGAUAAUUAUAGAUUACAGUAUGGAUUGUAAGGUUAAUUUGGCAAGCAGUAAAAUGUUUUAUGGCAAUUUACUUCUAACCAAUUUCUUAAACAUCAUGUGCCUAUUAAAAAUCAGUAUUUUUUUGUUUUUGUUUUAUUUUAUUUUAAUAAAAAUCACAAUAAAAAUCUAUAA